ACAGCACGGAGGGAGACAGGACUGCACCAUCAGAGUGUGGUUUUGUUUGAGUUGGGGGGAUUCGAGGCUUGACUGUUCUCAUCUUGGAUUUUGACCCUCUUGGUGGAUAAGAAGCGGUUUCCUGUCUGUCAGCUGGGCUCCGUCCCAUCCGUGCGACGCUCUUCGGGGCACACGGGUGCCGACCAACAUGUCAACACGGGCGCCGACGUUCACGCAGCCGCUGCAGAGCGUCGUGGCACUAGAGGGAAGUGCCGCGACGUUCGAGGCUCAAGUUAGUGGUUCUCCACUUCCUGAGGUGAGCUGGUUUCGUGAUGGCCAGGUUCUUUCCUCCGCAGCUUUACCCGGUAUACAGAUCUCGUUCAGCGACGGCCGCGCUGUCCUGAGGAUCCCCGCUGUGACCGCCGCACACAGUGGGAGGUUCUCAGUCAGAGCCACCAACGGCGCCGGACAAGCCACGAGCACCGCCGAGCUCCUGGUCACCGCCGAGACGGCCCCUCCGAACUUCCUCCAGAGACUGCAGAGCUCCACAGUGAGACAGGGCAGCCAGGUGAAGCUGGACGUCCGGGUCUCCGGCAUCCCGACCCCCGUGGUGAAGUUCUACCGGGAGGGAGCCGAGAUCCAGAGCUCGGCCGACUUUGUGAUCCUCCAGGAGGGCGACCUGUACAGCCUGCUGAUCGCCGAGGCCUUCCCAGAGGAUUCUGGGACGUAUUCUGUGACCGCCACCAACAGCAGUGGACGCGCUACCUCCACCUCGGAGCUGCUGGUUCAGGGUGAAGAAGCCAUUCCAGCAAAGAAAACCAAGACAGUUAUUUCCACAUCUCAAAUUUCACAGACCCGUCAGACCAGAACGGAAAAGAGGAUGGAGGCCAGUUUCCAGGCCAGCGCCAUGAUGGAGGUGGAAGGACCCGAGCUGACUCCGCGGCUGACUCACAAGACUCCACCCAAAGUUCCUCCCAAACCCAUGUCAAAGUCCCCACCCCAGUCCUUGUUGAUCACCAAAGUGACAGGUGGACGCCAACAGUCGCCGUCACCCGUGAGACACGUGAAGGCACCAACGCCAACCCCUGUCAGGUCAGUCAAAUCCCCCAUCACUGCACGUAAGCUGGCAACGGCCUCUGGUGACGUCCUGCCACCCUGGAAGCGGAGAGACUUUGUGGCCGAGACCAGCUACACUAGCAUGACCAGUAUUAGCAGCAGCACCGUCACCCAGUUGGGCCAGGAGCAGGACUGGGAGCAGCAAGUCACCGGGGUCAAAGAGGUGAGUCAGGCCGAGGGAGGGGGACGAGCCGGGGCCGUGGCCAAAGUGAUGGCCGCCGUGGACCUAGCUCGCGUCCGGCUGCCGCUGCAUGGGGAGGGUGGUCGGGCUGAAGAAGACGUAGAAGCCGAAUUCAGACAGCAGGCCACACAACAGCCAGGAGCCGGCUGGACCGCUGCUCACACGUUCUUACCUGAACCCACCCCCCCACUGCCUCAGGUGAUCGAGGCAGCAGCCGUACCUUCUGCAGAAGGAGCCGUGACUCCGGCCACGCUGUUGUCGGGUUUGAAGAACACAAACGUGACAGAGGGCGAGUCGGUGACCCUGGAAUGUCAGAUCAGCGGUCAUCCUGAGCCUGCCAUAAUGUGGUUCAGAGAGGACUACAAGAUUGAGAGCUCCAUCGACUUCCAGAUCAGCUACGUGAGCGGGUUCGCCCGGCUGGUAAUCCGCGAGGCCUUCGCCGAAGACAGCGGACGCUUCACCUGCACCGCCAGCAGCGAGGCGGGAACCGUCAGCACCUCCUGCUACCUGCUGGUCCAGGUGUCUGAGGACAUCGACAGCAGAGAGGAGAUCGCUGUCGUCUCCAAACAAGAUGAAGUGGCUGAGAAACUAGUAACCGAACAAAGGGAAGAGGAGACCAUGUCUCCGGUGAGCGGGGCUGAGCCCGACACCGAGGCCACCGCACCCUUCUUCAUCAGCAAGCCCACCGUCCAGAAGCUGGUGGAAGGAGGAAGUGUCUUGUUUGAAUGCCAGGUUGGGGGAAGCCCCAAACCUCACAUCAUCUGGAAGAAAAGCGGCAUACCGCUCACUACCGGAUACAGAUACAAAGUGACUUACAAGAAGGAGACAGGAGAAUGUAAGUUAGAGAUCUCCAUGACUUUCGCUGAUGACGCUGGAGAAUACUCUGUUUUUGUCAAGAACCAGCUUGGAGAGGUCUCGGCCUCCUCCAGUCUGCUGGACGAAGAUGAAUACGAAGUCUACAUAAAGAAACAGGAAGCAACCUUUAAGCCCGAAGUGACAGACACGGCAGUAGGAGACAUUCCUCCUAAUGUCGUUACGACUAUGAAGCAAAUGACAACCACCGUCAUUUCUGGACAGGAAUUCCAUCUUUCUACCAUUGAGCAGAGGAUCUUGCAUGAGUAUGAGCUCUGCAUUAUGAGGUUUACAUACAGAGAGCUAGUAACAGAGGACGGGGAGUUGAUGGUGACUGCUUCCCCCGCCGAGGCUGUGAUGCCCACCUUUGACACGCUCGUCAAAAACUACCGGAUCAUGGAGGGGAUGGGUGUAACUUUUCACUGCAAGAUGGCUGGAACACCACUCCCCAAGAUUGCUUGGUACAAAGACGGCCAACGCAUCAGAGCCGGCGACCGUUACCACAUGGAGGUCCUUCAGGAUGGCCGAGCCAGCCUCCGCCUGCCCGUGGUGCUGCCAGAGGAUGAGGGCGUGUACACCGCCUUCGCCACCAACAUGAAGGGAAACGCCGUCAGCUCCGGGAAGCUCUACGUGGAGCCGUCCGGCGCCGUGAUUCCUCAGAGAUACACACCGCAGCCGGCAAUGCAGAGGAUCAGAUCCACCUCUCCUCGCUCUCUGAGCCGCUCACCUGGACGUUCCUCCAGUCGUUCCCCCGGACGCUCUCCGGCCCGCCGACUGGAAGAGACGGACGAGGCUCAGCUGGAAAGACUCUACAAGCCUGUGUUUGUCAUGAAGCCUUCCUCGUGCAAAUGCUCCGAGGGGCAAACCGCCAGAUUCGACCUGAAGGUCGUUGGCAGACCAAUGCCUGACACAUACUGGUUCCAUAAUGGACAACAAGUUGUUAGCGAUUACACCCACAAGAUUGUGGUCAAAGAGGACGGCACCCAGUCCCUGAUCAUCGUCCCCGCCCUGCCACAAGACUCUGGAGAGUGGACGGUCAUCGCUCAGAACCGAGCGGGACGGGCUUCGGUCUCGGUAACUCUUACAGUUGAUGCAAAAGAAACCUUGGUGCGGCCACAGUUCAUUGAGAAGCUGAAGAACAUCAGUGUGAAGCAGGGAACUCUGGUUGAACUGGCUGUCAGAGCCAUUGGAAACCCGCUUCCUGACAUUGUGUGGCUGAAAAACAGUGAUAUCAUCUCCCCACACAAGCACCCACACAUCAGAGUUGAAGGAACAAGAGGAGAGGCCAAAUUCCAGAUUCCCUCGACAACUGGCUCAGACAGUGCCUGGUACACUGCAACAGCCAUCAACAAGGCCGGCAGAGACACCACACGCUGCAGAGUCAACGUAGAGGUGGACUUUGUUGAACCUGAACCAGAGAGGAAGCUCAUCAUCCCCAAAGGAACUUACAAAGCCAAGGACAUCGCCCCUCCCGAGCUGGAGCCCCUUCAUCUGCGCUACGGCCAGGACCAGUGGGAGGAGGGCGACCUCUACGACAAAGAGAAGCAGCAGAAACCACAGUUCAGGAAGAAGCUGACCUCCAUUAGAAUGAAGCGUUGUGGUCCGGCUCACUUCGAGUGUAGACUGACCCCAAUCGGUGACCCCACCAUGGUGGUGGAGUGGCUGCACGACGGCAAACCCCUGGAAGCCGCCAACAGGAUGCGCAUGGUCAAUGAAUUUGGCUACUGCAGCCUGGACUACGAAGCAGCUUACGCAAGAGACAGCGGCGUCGUCACCUGCAGAGCCACCAACAAGUACGGAGUCGACCAGACCUCGGCCACCUUGGUGGUCAAGGACGAGAAGGGUCUGGUCGAGGAAACGCAGCUUCCCGAUGGCAGGAAGGGAGCACACCGGAUCGACGAGAUUGAACGCAUGGCUCAUGAGGGAGGACCCUAUGGAGUCACUGCUGAGGAAGAUACAGAUAAAAUGAAACCUGAGAUCGUGCUCCUUCCCGAACCAGCCAGAGUGCUGGAAGGUGACACAGCGCGAUUCCGCUGCAGAGUGACCGGCUAUCCGGCCCCCAAGGUUAACUGGUACAUCAACGGACAACUGAUCCGCAAGAGCAAGAGAUACAGACUUCGGUACGACGGCAUUUACUACCUGGAGAUCAUUGAAAUCAAAUCCUAUGAUUCAGGAGAGGUUAGAUUAGUGGCCGAGAACAACCUGGGAUCGGCUGAACACACCGUGAAGCUGGAGAUUCAGCAGAAAGAGGAUUUCAGGACUCAUCUGCGCCGUGCCCCCGAGGGUAAGGCAGCCGAUGCAGCUCCCGAACCAGGAAAGGUACAAUUUGACGUAGUGAAGUCUGAGACCCCUGCAGAUGACUCUCAGCUAAAAGAGGUGGUCAAGCUGAAAAAGGCUCACAGAAUCGUCCGCGAGAAAGCCACGGAGGAGUCAGAGGAGCUGAGGGGCAAGUUCAAGCGUAGGACAGAGGAAGGCUACUACGAGUCCAUCACUGCCGUGGAACUCAAGUCACGUAAAAAGGACGAGUCCUACGAGGGACUGCUGAAGAAAACCAAAGAGGAGCUGCUUCACCGGGCCAUGGCUAAGGAGGAGGCUGAAAAGAAAAAGGAAGAGGAAAGGAAGCUCACAGCUAAAGCUCCAAAACCAGAGAGAGUCAAGCUCUCAGCCAGCAUGGAAGCUCCCAAGAUCCUGGAGCGAAUCACCAGCCAGACAGUCGCACAGGGCGACGAAGUCAAGUUCAGGGUCAGGGUUGUCGGCAGACCAGAACCUGAGUGCCAGUGGUUCAAAAAUGGUGUUCUGCUUGAGAAGUCUGAUCGCAUUAAUUGGUUCUGGCCCGAAGAUCAUGUGUGCGAACUGGUUAUCAGAGACGUCAGAGCCGAGGAUUCAGCUAGCGUCAUGGUUAAAGCAACCAGCACUGCCGGAGAGACUUCCAGCCAUGCUUUCCUGCUGGUGCAAGCCAAGACGGUCAUCUCCUUCACGCAGAAACUAGAGGAGAUCAAUGCAAAAGAGAAGGACACAACUGCCACCUUUGAGUGUGAAACCAACGAGCCUUUUGUCAAGGUCAAAUGGCUGAAGAACAACGUGGAGAUCUUCACCGGAGACAAAUACAGGAUGCACUCGGACAGAAAGGUCCACUUCCUCUCCGUGCUGAUGAUUGACAUGAGGGAUGAUGCAGAAUUUACCUGCAAGGUGGUAGACGAGGACAUCAGCACUACGGCAAAGCUCAACGUGGAAGGAGCUCCUCUGGAGAUCCUGAAGCAGCUGGAGAGCACCGAGGUUCCCGAGACCUACUCUGGGGAAUUUGAGUGUGUUGUGUCCCGAGAGGACGCAGAAGGCAGCUGGUUCCUUGGAGAGAAGCUGCUCUCUCCCAGCAGCAAGUAUGUCAUCUCUUCCCGCCGUGGAAGAUAUUCCCUGUCCGUCAAGGACGUCAAGAAGGAGGACCAGGGAAAGUACACCUUCAAAGUGGGCAGUUUCAAGACAAGUGCAUUGCUGAAGAUGAAAUUGCGUCCCGUGACCUUGAUGCAGCCUUUGACUGAUUUGACCGUCUGCGAGGGCGACAUCGCUCAACUGGAGAUCAAGUUCUCCCAGGAGAAUGUUGAAGGAACCUGGAUGAGGAACGACCAGCCGCUCAUAGCCUCCAACCGGGUGCACAUUGUUAUCGACAGACAGGCCCACAAACUUCUGAUUGAAGACACCAACAAGGAUGACGCCGGCAUAUACUCCUUUGUGGUUCCCGCUCAGUCAAUCUCAACCUCUGCAAAGCUGCUCAUUCAGACCAUCGGCAUCUUGAUCCCACUGAAGGACACAAGCGCAGUUGAGGGCACCAAAGCUGUUAUAGAGGCCAAGAUCUCCGCCCAAGACGUCAUGUCGGUCAAAUGGUUCCACAACGAUGAGCAGCUGAAGGCCAGCGACCGAGUGCAGAUGGUGGCAAAGGGAGCCAAGCAGCGCCUGGUCUUCAACAGGACCUACGCUUCAGACGAGGGGCAGUACAAACUGGUGGUCGGCCUUGCUGAAACCAGCUGCAGACUUGCUGUUCAGACGGUCCAGAUUGUGAAAUCCAUCGAGGACAAGGAGUGCUCCGAGUCUGAGAACAUCACCUUUGACGUUGAGAUUUCUCACCCCGGCAUCGACGCCUUCUGGACCUUCAACAGGCAGCCGAUCAAAGCUGGCGGAAAAUACAAGAUGGAGUCUAAGAACAAGUUCCACAAGCUGACCGUGAUGAACACAAUGAAGGACGAAGAGGGCGAGUACAUGUUCGCCGCCGGUGAGAAGAUGUGCAGCGCUUCACUCACCGUAUCAGGUGGCGCUAUCAAGAAGCCAUUGCAUGACUUGGUGGUGGCCGACUCGCAGACCUCUGUGUUUGAGUGUGAGGUCGCGAACCCCUCCGCCGAGGGCAAGUGGCUGAAGGACGGCCACCCAGUGGACUACAACGAGAACACACUGAGUGAGGUGAACGGGGCCGCCAGGCGCCUCGUCAUCGUGAUCACCAAGGCCACAGACGUGGGGGAGUACACCUACCAGGUCGCCACUUCCAAGACCUCCGCCACCCUGAGGGUGGAGGCUGUGAAGAUCAAGAAGACCCUGAAAAACCUGAACGUGGUGGAGACUCAGGACGCCGUGUUCAGCCUGGAGCUGACCCACAAGGACGUGAAAGGGGCGCAGUGGAUCAGGAACGGCAUUGAGAUGCAUUCCAGCGAUAAAUUGGAGAUCAUAAGCGAAGGCACAGUCCACACCCUGAAAAUCAAGAACUGCAGCACACAGGACGAGUCUGUUUAUUCCUUCAAGCUGGGAAAACUGUCUGCAAAUGCCAGGCUGAACGUAGAAACCAUCACGAUCCUGAAGAAGCCAAAGGACGUGACGUCGCUGCUAGGUGCGACUGCCGUGUUUGAGGUGGGGAUUUCUGAGGACGACAUCCCUGUGAAGUGGAUGUUCAACAAGGCGGAGCUGAGGCCCAACGGCAGCUACAGGAUGCUCUCCGAGAAGAAGAGCCACAAGCUCAUUGUCCAGGACGUGGACGGCAGCAAAGAGGGGGAGUACACAGUGGUGGUGGGCCACCUCCAGUGCAGCGCCAGCCUCAUCGUGGAGUCCCUGCGUGUCACCAAACCCCUGAAGAGCGUCCAGCUCCCAGAGACCCAGGUGGCCACGUUGGAGUGCGAGGUUUCUCACUUCAACGUACCUUCCACCUGGCUGAGAGACGGCGUGGAGAUUGAGAUGAGCGAGAAGUUUAGGAUCGUAGUUCAGGGGAAACUUCACCAGCUGAAGAUCAUGAACACCAGCAGAGAUGACUCUGCAGAGUACACCUUCGUCUGUGGGAACGACCGAGUGUCAGCAACACUCACCGUCAGCCCCAUCCUCAUCACAACGAUGCUGCAAGACAUGAAUGCUCAGGAAAAAGACACUGUCACAUUUGAGGUGAACGUCAACUACGAGGGAAUCACAUACAAAUGGCUGAAGAACGGCGUGGAGAUCCGGUCCACAGACCGAUGCCAGGCUCGCUGCAAACAGCUGAGUCACACUCUGAGCAUCAGGAACGUUCACUUUGGAGACAGCGCCAUGUACACCUUCAUGUCCGGUUCAGCAGUCGCUACGGCCAAACUCCACGUGGAGGCCCGAGUGGUUGAAUUCACCAAACAACUGAAGGACCUAAAAAUCACAGAGAAGAAGAGAGCAACCUUUGAAUGUGAGGUUUCUGAACCGAACAUUCAGGUGAUAUGGAUGAAGGACAUUCAGGAGCUGGAGAUGUGUGACAGAUAUAAAAUGACCUCAGAUAAGUAUGUGCACCAGUUGAUUCUACCAUCGGUCCGCCUGUCGGAUGCCGGAGAAUACUCCGUCGUGGCUGGGUCAAGCAUGUCCAAGGCCAAUCUAGGAGUGGAAGGACGAGACAUCAAGAUCUCAGAGCCUCCUAGCCGGGACAUCACGGUUGUUGAGAAACAAAGAGCCACCUUUGAGUUUGACGUGAACGAGGACGAGGUGGAGGGCCGCUGGCUGAGGAAUGGGUCUGAGAUCCAGUUAUCGGCAGAGGAGAGGUUCAACUACGUCACCAUCAGGAAACUGCACCGUCUUACCAUCACCGAGACCUACCGGAGCGACGCCGGCGAGUACACCUUCAUUGCCGGCAAGAACCGGAGCACCGUGAACCUCCUCGUCAGACUACCAGAGGCACCACAGAUUGUCCGUCAGAUUCAGGCCCAGUCGGUGACUUCGGGUCGAUCGGUUCGCUUUUCGGUGGAGGUGAGCGGCCUCCCAAGGCCUCAGGUGUCCUGGUACAAAGACUCGCAGGCACUUUCCACCAGCUACAAGUGCAAGUUCCUCCACGAUGAGGACGAGCACACGCUGCUGCUGCUUGAGGUUUUCCCCGAGGAUGCUGCCGUAUACAGCUGCGAGGCCACAAACGACUUUGGAGAGGCGAUAAGCUCUGCCCCUCUUACUGUGCAAGUCCCUGAGGUGGUCGAAACCGCAGCUCGUGUGACUGCUCCGGUCCUCGUCGCUCCCAUGCAGGACAUCCUGGUCACAGAGGGACAACCUGCCCAGCUCCAUUGCACUGUCUCUGGAGAAGAUCUCCAGAUUUCUUGGUACCAUGGCGACAAAGAAGUCCGACAGUCAAACGCGUUCAGGAUGUCUCGCUAUGGCGAAACCUGCCAGCUGGACCUUUCCAGAGUUCUCCCGGACCACGAUGGAGACUACUCGUGUGUGGCCACAAAUUCAGCAGGAAUGGUCACAUGCUCUGCCACUUUGAAUAUCGACGUAACGGCAGUGGAGCAGGAACCUCCGACUCAGGUCCAACCGGAAGUGAAAGCCAUCUCUAGCUCAACGAUCACAGUGGAGGAGGCGACCCAGGACUCAUACUACACCGGCGUUAAGUUAGCACAUAAAACCAGAACACUUGAACUCCAGUCAGAGUCUAAACGCUUCUCCAGCUCUUUGGUGAAGCAAAAAGAAAAACCACUUUUCCUUAGCAAACUUUCUCCGGUGGCCGCGAUUGUCGGAGAAACAGCCAUGUUUAGUGUUGCGGUCUCCGGGUUCCCCAAACUUGCCAUUCAGUGGUUCCAUAACGGGCAGACUAUCACCAGCUCGUCCGUUUACACCUUGGUUCACGAGCGGGAUGAGUAUGGCUUGGUCAUUCACAAAGUCCAGAAGGAGUUAGAGGGAGAGUACUCGUGUACGGUCAGCAAUAUGUUUGGCCACUCAACAUGCACGUCGUAUUUGCAUGUUCAGGUGAAGGAGCCAGAAAAGAAUCAACGGGUUGACAGUGAGGCGUUGGUCUUGACUGGCAAACCCCCUGAAUUCACUCAAACUAUUGAGUCCCUUGAGUUGUGUGAGGGAGGUCAGGCUUUCUUCAGGUACUUUGUGACCGGAGAUCCUCUCCCUGAAGUUCAGUGGCUCAAUGGUAGCUUUUCCAUUCAGCCGAGUAGGUUCUGGAUUAUUGUGAGCAACCCAGAUGGAUCAGGCUUUAUAAAUAUUCUGAGUGUCAAGGAAGAGCACAAUGGGGUGUACACAUGUAAGGCCUCCAACCAACAUGGAGAAGCCUCUUGUACCGCAGAACUGCUGGUGUUCCCUGUGAAGGUCCAGAAAGAGCAGACGUUCGUAAAGGAAACAAAAACUCCGGAAAUAUUCAUGACCUUACAAACCACUGAAUACCAGAAAAGAACUCUGUCUGAUCAGAUGAUUUACACCAUCAGCACUGAGGACCGGCAGAUUAUCCCCAGCGAGGAGGUUGGAACCCUCCGAGAGCUUGACAUCUCUGCCGCAACCCUCCAGCGUGAGCAGCUCACCCACAAGGCUGCAGUCCUGCAGGCUCAUGAAUUACAGGAGAAUGUUUAUCUUGCUUCCUCUCAGCCACCUCAGGUCUUAGCCAUUCCAGUUAAACAGCUUCACAUGGCCACUUUCUUAUCUUCAGUCCAGGAGAGACAAAAGAUCCCCGAGCAGCACUCCGAGCGCAUUCUCAGCCCAGAGGUUAUAGAACUCCGGUUAGCCACAGAGCAGACGUCUAAAGUCAUGUCGGCCACGUCUGAAGAGGUUCUCCUCCUCGGCAUAGUGAGGGCUGAGGCUCUGACGGACCAGAAUCUGGAGCAUGGGAACAUAAUGAAGGAACCUAGGCAGCUCGUUAGUGGUCACCAGGUUAAGUCCACUCUGCCGAUCCUCGAUGCCGCUUCAGAUGUAACCCACAGGCCAGAGGAAGAGAGGGGUUUCAAUGUCAAAGAGGGGAUCAAGAUUUUAUACUCAGCUCAGUCUGAAGGACAAGUAGCAAUCACAGAGAGACACUCUGACUCUCUGCAGCCUUUAGAUACAGCCACCCAGCCCCUGAUUGACAAAGAGCAGUCCAAACCAGUGGUAGCACCGGUUAGUGAAACUACAGUGGCUUUAUCCAAAGAGCAGAUGUUUGAAAUACAGCAACCAGAGCAGGAAAGUAUCUCCUUUAAGAAAGACGUGUUUUAUAAGUCAGCUGUAGCUGCCGAGGAGAAAUACAAGGUCCGAGCCGAACCGGCAGGACAACCCCUAGGGUUAGCAACUACUAUGUGUCUGGAGCCUCAACAUGAGGGAGAAACACUCCUGAAUCUGCAGGUUAUAAGUGAACAGGACGUUUUACAGUCUGAGGGAAGGUUCAGUAACGAGAACCCUUCUGUAGAGCAUGCAGAAGCAAGGAAAAGUCCCACUCUGUUGCAUUCGGUUACUCAAGCAGAGCAAAGAACUACAAUUUGCGAGGUGACCUCAGAGUUCUCAGCAAAAAACGCAGCCACAUUGGUUCAGUCGAAGAAAGAGUUACCGCCGACAAAAUACAUCCAGUCUAUUCAGUUAGUAUCAGUUCUAUCGAAGGAAGGUGUACUUACUGUCACCAAACCUGACCAACAGAUGGCAAAGCAGAAACAAUAUACGGCUAAAAGGCAUGCAGCUACCUCAGAAGAAAGAAAAGUGAUCACGGCAGAUUCUCACUGUCAAGAUCUACAUGUGUCGGUGACCGGGGUUCGGCCACAGGUCUGCACUGAGCCCAAGCCUUCGAGUAUGCCCACAGUCUUCUCGCAGACAAUGCAGCUGCAGAAGGAGACACCUUUCGUUAUUGAUGUCCAGCAGCAGCGAGCAGUGGUCAAGAAAGAGGACUACUGCAACAUCACGCAUUCCUUGAACGUCACAGACACCCAUAGCCUCGAGGAGGGUCACACUACUAUCCUAAAAACCGAUGAGAAAUUCCAGUUUGAGACCAAAGUUGAACCUAAGAUACCAAAAAGAACAGUUUUUAUAGAGAAGAAGGCUAUUGCCAAUGACAGCUGUACCAUUUUAGAAGCCGCACGGCAGGACUUUGCAGUCCAGAUCCAGGAAGGCCAGUCAGUCCGACAAUCGGCGCUGCUUAAGGAAAUGCAGGUCAUUAUGGGAGAACAGUCAAGUGAGAUACAUAAACGUGGCAGCUCAACUGUCAGUAUUGUAAUGCAGCACAAAGAUGUUCUGUCUGUUCACGAGUCUCGGGACAGUCUGACUCUUCCUAAAGAACUCCAUUUUGUAAUUCAGAUCCCCGAAUUGUCCAGUGUGAACAUCCACCGACAGCUUAGCGCCGCUCUUCAGUCGGCCGUUGCCAGGGAUCAGCCGGUGUUACUGGCAGAUGUCGUAAGAGGGUUACAGGCCGUGGAGGUUCAGGAGGUUAGGGUUCAGAAAGAGCCCAGACAAGCCACUGCCACAUACCUUAUCACAACCCAGGGAUCCCCUAUGGAGAUCACUCUGUCUUUUGAAGGGCAAUACCAUCAGACAGCUGGCCUCAUGUCUGAACUCCGGGUAGCUCUACAUGCAAUGGUUUUUCAGGAGCAACAGAGUCUUACGUCGGAGCUCCCGGGUACCGUGGAGAAGGACCAGCCUCAGAGGGCGCUGCUCGGCUCAGCGCCCUCCAAAGGGGUGUUGUCAUCUGUGGUAGAAACCAAGAUGGUAGAAGAGACUGCAGCUGGGUUUCCUCCUGCUGAAUCUCAGUCUGUGGUGUUCCCGACUGAAGCGUCCUUCCAAAGCACAUCCGUUCAUAGUCGGCCUGAGAUCUGUGAGUCCAUGCAGGUGAAACGGACAACUGUCAGGUUGGAGCAGAAUACCGGAGCUACUGAGGUGACUAUCAUGGUGCCAGUGGUUGACCGUCCUGUUGAGCAAUGUAUGGAAAUUUCUGUCCGCAGCAAAAACAGAGAGGAAUUUCUCUCGGAGGCAAUCAUGAUCAGUGAGUCCUCUGACGGUCUGGUAGAUUAUCCUGCAGUCAUUGAUCCUCUGGAGGACGUUUGCACUGAGGAAAAGAACAUGGUUGUUUUUACUACCACCAUUAAGUACGUCACCCAGGUCACCUGGCUUUUCAAUGGCCAAUUGGUGACAUCUGGCAAAGAGUUCAAGUGUUCUAAAGACCAGCACACUUUCACACUAGUUAUCGACAAAGUAGUGAAGGAGAGGCAUCAAGGAGAAUAUGUCUGUGAGGCCGAGAAUGAAGCCGGCAGGACGACAACGUCGGCGCAUCUCACUGUGGUAUCAAGAGUGAAACCCGUGUUCAGGCACCGGAUCGUCCCGAUAGAGAUCAACAUUGGCAACACAGCCAAGUUCGAAUGUGAAACUGAGGACGCUCCAAAUGUGAGCUUCAAGUGGUUUAAGGACGGAAACUCCAUCAAACAAGGCGAAAAGUACAGGAUCAUCAGUCGCUUCAGUACUUCCUCUCUAGAGCUUUUGAGCCCAAACAAGGACGACAGCGGUGAAUACACCUGCAAGGCAUCCAAUCAGCACGGUGGUGAAGAAUGCUCCGCCUCUCUCAGCGUGACAGAGCACUGCCCACCUGCCUUUAUAACUAAACCUCAGCCUCAGAUUGUGUAUGCCGGAAAUAGGGCAAUACUACAGUGUGUAGUAACAGGAUCUGCUCCACUGAAUGUUGUCUGGCUCAGAGACAACCGGGCCUUACCCAAAGAGCCUGCACACUACCAAACCUCUUGUGACAAGAAUAAGCACACUCUUGAGAUCCCCAGAGUCGAGUUGGCCGAUGGGGGGCUUCACGUGUGCAAAGUGUCUAAUAAUGUUGGGACCACCGAGUGCAGCACGGAGCUGCGUGUCAUUGACCAACCCAACUUUGUGAAGCCCCUGGGUCCCGUGGCGGCCGUGGUUGGAGCUCCACUGCAACUGAUGUGUCAGGUGGAUGAGGACACUGGAGUGACUGUCUCCUGGACAAGAGAUGGUAGAAAGGUCCACCAGUCUCCAGACUGCAAACUGUCUUUUGGGGAUAAGAUGGUCACUCUUGAUAUCCUAAAGACCACACUGAAAGAUUGUGGGAAUUAUGUGUGCACAGUGACAAAUGUCGCUGGGAGUGCAACUUGCUCCACCUCGGUGAAGGUUCAAGAGCCGCCGGCCUUUGUGAAGAGGCUGGAAGCCUCCACAGUGUGGAAGCAAGGCAGCACUGCCCGGCUCCAGUGCUCUGUCAAAGGGUCCCCCGAGCUCCACACCUGCUGGUUCUUCAACGGCAGCUUGUUGUCUGUCGGUGGCAGAUAUGAGAUCGGGCUAAAGGAAGGUGUCACAACUCUUGAGAUAAAGGAGGUCAUGUUGAGUGACAGUGGGAGUUUUACCUGUGAGGUUCUUAAUGAGUCUGGCUGUGAAAGCUGCAGCACUAAAGUAACAGUGAAAGAACCGCCUUCUUUCAGAAAGGCGUUAACCUCUUUAGAGGUGGUCAGAGGAUCUGUGGCUCUACUGGACUGUGAGAUUGCAGGCUCCAUGCCACUCGAGGUGGUCUGGAGAAAGAAUAAGAAACACCUGUCAGCAAAUAAGAAGUACGGGAUUGUGUCACAGGGGUCUCUGGCCUCUCUGGAGAUCCACUCAUUUGAGAGUGCUGACGUUGGAGAAUACGAAUGUAUCGUAUCAAACGAGGUUGGGUCCGCAACCUCAAAGUCAUUGGCUAAACAGAAAGAGCCUCCUUUGUUCUCAAAGAGGGUUGAGAGUGCUACGGCAGUGUUGGCAAAUACAGUGAAACUACAAGCGACCCUGAAAGGCUCACCUCCCAUCACCAUCAAAUGGAUGAAAGACUCUGAGCUGCUCAGAGAUGAUGAUCCUAACAUCAAAAUGAUAUUUGAGGGCAACAUGGCUGUAGUUUCCUUCUCAUCUGUCCAGAUAAAGCACGGCGGCAAGUACACUUGCCUUGCCAUCAAUGAGGCUGGACAGCAGAAAUGUGAAGCUGUCUUAACAGUUCAAGAACCUGCUAAGAUCUUAGAGAAAGCAGGAUCAAUCAGUGUGACUACAGGAAAUUCUGCUACGUUGGAGUGCAGGAUUUCUGGAAGCCCAGAUCUUAAAGUGAAGUGGUUCAAAGAUGGCAAGGAGGUGAUCGGUGGCCGUAAAUACAAGAUGAGCUUCAAGCAGAACACUGCCGUCCUAAAAAUCCUCUCAGCAGACAAAGGAGACACUUCAGAGUACACCAUGGAGGUGUCCAAUAAAGUGGGAAAAGACAUGUGCACAUGCUCAGUCACUGUUAUAGAUCGAGCCAUUCCACCAUCCUUCACCAGAACUCUAAGGAAAGUGGAUGCGAGUGUUGGUAGCAAUGUUAUCUUGGAAUGCCUUGUUGCUGGAUCUCAGCCGAUUGUUGUUUCGUGGUUCAAAGACCAGCAGCAAAUCCACAGUAAUGGCAAAUAUGAACUUGAUUUCAGUGAGAUCACAGCCUCUGUUUCCAUAAGAGGCCUUGAGCAAAGUGAUGGUGGAGUUUAUACCUGCCGGGCCUCAAAUGAAGCUGGAGAGAAAGAGACCAACGGCACUUUGUCCGUCAAAGAACCUCCCGUCUUCACAGUGAAGCCUGAAUCCCAGGACGCUUCACAGGGAUCAAGUGUUGUCAUAAAAUCAGCCUUUACAGGAUCAGCUCCUCUGAUUGUCAAAUGGUUCAGAGAUGAGGAAGAGAUCACAAGUGGAGGCUCAUAUUUCAUAAAGAAAGAUGCCUCUUCGAGCUCUCUGGAGCUCAACUCUGUGAAACCCAGUGACUCAUCCCAGUACACUUGCCAAGUGUCCAAUGAUGCCGGGAAGGUGGAUUGCACCGCGGUCCUCUCUGUGAAAGAGCGCAAAGUGCCUCCAAGCUUCACCAAAAGGCCGUCUGAGUCCAUGAUGGACUCAGUGGGUAAGACGGUGAAGAUGGAGGGCCGGGUGUCAGGAUCCCAGCCGCUGGAGGUGACCUGGUACAAGGAUGACCGGGAGGUCUAUGGCUCCGACAAUUACGACGUGAGCUUCAUGGACAACGUGGCGGUGCUGAGCAUCAGAACCUCCAGUUGCUCUGAUGGGGGCGUUUACACCUGUAAGGCCUCCAACGAAGCUGGAGAAGCUUUCUGUCGGGUCUCUCUGUCCAUCUCAGAAGGAGGCCAGCCUCCUGUAUUCGACGUCCCUCUGGAGCCUUUGACAGCGAGCGUGGGUGAGAAGUUGAGCUUGAAAUGCGUGGUCAGCGGUUCUCCUCCUCUUGCCAUCCAGUGGAUGAAGGACAGGAGGGAGCUCAAGUCCAGCGGAAAUACCAAGAUCAUGUUUGUGGGCGGGGCAGCCUCUCUGGAGGUUAACCCAGUGUCCAUGAGCGACGGGGGAGAUUACCUCUGCAAAGCCAGCAACGCCGCUGGCAGCAACUUCUGCAAGUCAAGGGUCAUGGUGAAAGAUAAAGGAUCAAAAGCUUCGCCCAGCGAGGAUGCCGCCCCCCCGGCUGCUGCUGCUGCUCCGGUCAAAAGGCUCGACAACCUCUUCUUCAUCGAGGAACUUCAGAACAUUUCUGUGACGGAGAAAGGCACCGCAACCUUCAUUGCCAAGAUUGGCGGCGACCCGAUUCCCAGUGUGAAGUGGAUGAAGGGGAAGUGGAGGCAGAUCACCCCCGGCGGCCGCAUCUCCAUUGAGCACAAAGGCCAAGACGCCAAAAUGGAGAUCAGGGAGGUCACCAAGUCCGACUCCGGCCUCUACCGGUGCGUCGCCACCAGCAGGCGCGGAGAGAUCGAGUGCGGCGCCGAGGUAGAGGUAACCAAGAAGGAAGAGGUGGCCGGAAUGGGAGACAUUCGGACUAAGCUAAAGAAGACUCCCUCGAAGCAGAAGAGUCCCAAGAAAGACGAAGACCUCAACAUCGUGGAGCUGCUCCGAGGUCACGACCCCAAAGAGUAUGAGAGGAUCCUGCAGAAACAUGGCAUCCACGACUUCCGUGCAAUCCUGCAGGCCGUGGAGUUCCUCAAGAGGGAGAAAGAGAUGGAAUCCGGAAAGGUGGAGGUGGAACAUGGCGGCCGGGUGGAGGAGGAGGAUAUGACCCGACUCCUCCGGGAUCUGGAGGGACGCGUCGGCACAGAGCCUGUCUUAGUUAUCGAGGAUAUCAGCGACCAGAAGGCGGCGGAGAACCAGAGCGCCGUCUUUGAGUGCCGGAUCCGGAUCAACUAUCCGGAGAUCAGUCUCACCUGGUACAAAGGCACCCAUAAACUGGACGCCGGAGACCAGUAUGACAUCAUCAGCGCCGGCGAGCUGCACUGUCUGCGCAUCAAGAGCUGCCAGGCCAAAGACGAGGGCAGCUACCGGGUGGUGUGUGGGCCGCACAUCUCCAACGCCAAGCUCACCGUCACAGAAGAGAGAGAACCUGUGGGAGAAUCGGUAGAGAGUGCUCAGGUGCAGACCAUAGAAGAAGUCCCAGCAGUUCCUGAGGUUUACAGUAGACCAGACGGGAAACCUGGAGCUCCGCCUCCAGUCACAGUUCUGAUGAAACCAGAACUUGAACAAGAGAAAGUGAAGGUUCAUCUUCAGCCGAAGACUGAGUCAGUUCUCCAGAAACAGAAGCCUGAAUUGAUGCCUGAACCGGAGGCACCUCAAGUGGAACCUGCAAAGAGAACACCAGCAGUGUCAGAACUACCAGAACCGGCAGAACCUGUAGUUCUGCCGACAGCACCGCAGGCUACCCCACCCAAGUCUGAAGCUGUUCCAGCUGAAGUCGUCUUGGAACCAAAGACAUCUGAGCUUGCAAGUAAACUGGCCGAUAAACCUGAGCCAACAGCACCAAGGUCUGAAAGAAAACCCCAAAAGGUUCUGGAAGAAGCAAAAAAGGUAUCAGAAGCACCAAAGAAGGUCCCCGAAGGGUCGAAGAAGGUACCAGAAGAGCCAAAGAAGGUCCCCGAAGGAUCGAAGAAGGUACCAGAAGAGCCAAAGAAGGUACCCGAAGUGUCGAAGAAGGUACCAGAAGAGCCAAAGAAGGUACCCGAAGUGUUGAAGAAGGUACCAAAAGUGCAAAGGAAGGUACCAGAAGGGACAAAGAAGGCAAACAAACUUGUGACUGAACCAACAGCUGAAACAAAGCCACCAGUGCAGAGCCACCAAGAUCCUACACCAGCUAUAAAGCCUUCACAACAAGAACACAGCGAGAUACAACAGGAAACAACUUCCCAAGCUAAAGCACAGCUGGAGGCGGAAACACCCUUCAAAGUUCUCCUGAAGACCACUCUUAAGCAAACAGCAGCAGUGCUUGAAGACAGCAAGGAGUCGACUCUGAGAAUGAGGAUUCCUCUGCCAGAAGAAGUUGGACAAAAAGAAGAGAAAUUCAGUACUUAUGAAAGGGUAGAAGAGGUCAUGGAGUCAACUGUUAAAGAAAUUACUUCAAAAAGCCAGAUAAGAGAGCAAAUGGUUUCUGCAAAGGAGGAGGACGUGGUUUCGACAUGGUACAGUGGAGGUCCACAAAUGAAAGACUCUGAGCCACUAGAGCACAUUGAGCCAGUAAGCACUGAACAUGAAGCAGAGCUGCAGGAAACCCAACCUUGUUGUGUAGCAGACUUUCCAGAAGACAAAGCAGUGGACCAGAGUGAAGGAUCAUCUCUAAGGUCCAUCUCUCCUCUUCUAAAGGAAGCAGACCUUCUUCAAUUAAAUAGAGAUGUUGCACCUCUACCUGAAAAGACUCAUCUCACGAAGAAAGGAGUUCCUCCUCCAGACACAGGGUUCACGUCCCAAAAAGAUUUAGCCUUAAAGAAAACUUCUGUAGUAAAGAAACAGGUGGAAGCUGAUAUUCCUUCAACUUUUGCGAAGCAGAGAGAGGUCACUGAAUCAUCAGUACUUCCAAUGGAUGAUCUCAUUCAACAUGAGAUAUCAUGUAAAGAAAUCACCGUAGAAGAGAAGUGGAGAGUUCAUGAAGAAGUCUCUCUCUUUAAGCAAGCAGAGUAUGUUGAAGAGGAAGAUAUUGUAUUGAUUAGAUCCAUAACUCCUCCACCUGAAAACUUAACACAAGUUCCUCUUUUUCAUCCAAUGACAAAAGUUUCUCCCAAAGAAGAAGUAAUAAUCCCUAAAAAGCCUACAAUCAUGAAAUCUCCCGAAGCUGAACGAGAGAUGUGUAUUAAAGACAUAGUACCUUUCGAGGAACCAACUCUUGUGUUGGAAGAAAUGUUUCCUGAAGAAGACCCAGCAACAACAUCUAAACCAGCACAAAGUCCUUCACCUGAGAAAAAAGCCUGUUGUGAAGAAGACGUUUUACCACCAAAAGAGGCUCCAAGGAAAGCCAUUGCCGAAGCCAAGGUUGCCCCAACCAAAAGUUCUCAAGUUCGCCAGCAGAAAAAAGCUCCGACCCCUGAAAAAGAAACUCUACCCCCAAAGCAGCUGUCUUCUCCGGCACAAGACGUUAUCACAACUCAGGUGGAUUCACUCGAAGAAGUAGUUAGACCUCCAGCAACAAGAGAAGAUGACAAGAAAGCCAAGAAGGGAACACAGGAGAUGCGACUGCAAACUCCUCUGAAAGUGUCUCCUCUGGAGGAAAAGGUACCAACGGCAUCAAAGCCUUCAGCUCCUGCUGCUGCCGCCAAAGUAGCUCCUCCUGCAGUUUCUCUACCUGAGGAGAAGAAACCUCCUGCACCAAAGCCUUCACCUGAUCCUCCUGCUCCUGCAGAGAAAGUUGCUCUUCGUGAAGUGUCUCGUCCAGAGGAGAACAAACUGGCUGCACCAAAGCCUUCAGCACCUGUUUCUCCUGCAGUGUCUCCGCCAGAAGAAAAGAAACCAAAACCUCCUGCAGUUCAAGUUGCUCCGGUGGAGAAGAAACUGUCUCCAACAGUGAAAAAGGUUGAACCGUCUCCUGUAUCAGAGAAAAUGUCUCCGCCUGAAGACAAGGGACCGGUUUCAGCACCUGGACCAACCAAAGCACAACCUCUUACAAAAAUGGGUCAAAUCCCAGUACAGGAGGCAAAAAAAUCCAAAUCACCAAAGAAAAAGAGUAAGUUCAGCAGCCUCCCCAAAGAGACGGAUCCAAAACCAGAGGUUGUUAGGCUGAAAAAUGUUCCAGUGAAAGUUCCAGAACCUGAGAGACAAGUAAAAACUCAGAAAGCAGAAGUGACGAUGCUCCAAGAUGAAGAACUAGCGGUUCAUACACUUCAUGACAGAGAAGAUCGAGAAAUAAUAUCCCUGGGAAGAACUGAGCGAGUCUUCACUGCAGAUGACGAGACGGCCCAGUUGGGCUACUUUGAGGAGGCUGAAAAGGAAGCAGAUUGCCAGGUCCCAAAGCUUGAAAAGAGAAUAACCAAACUGUCAGAUGAGCAAAAAGACUUAACCAAACUAAAACCAUUUGAAAAGUCAGCAAAACCAGAAACAGAACCACAAAAGCUUAAACUGAAAAAAGUGCCAACAAAGCCCAAAGAGCCCGAGCAGGAAGUUGUAACUCAUAGAGUUGAAGUGGCGAGGCAUUACAAUACAGAAACGACUGUUCAGAAUCUGAACAGACAGGAUGGAGAGGUUUUAACGCUUGGAAGGACUCAACUUUAUACUGCAGCCAAAGAGGAAUCUGAAAUAUGUCUCAUGGAUGAAAAGCCCAAGGCAGAAGAUGAGAAAUCAAAAUCGAUAAGAACUCCCAAAUCGCCAAAAAGUCAAGAACCUGAACCAGAUAUAACAAAAAACAAAAUAAAGAAGAUGCCAAAGAAAGCGGAAGAGCCGGGAGUUGUGACACGUAAACCAUUUGAAAAGUUAGAGAAACCUGAGCAAGCCGGACCUGCAAAAGUUGAGAAAGAUAGUGAGAAGACGACGUAUACAGAACACAAUCCAUUUAAGAGACUAGAGAUGCCUUGGAGAGACCAACUAAACUCUACUAUAACACAAAAAAAAGAUGCUCUUUUUAAGACUCCAGAGGAAACACUUGAGUCCAGCAAAGACCAGAAAGAGAUACCCAAAGUCACCAAGUCUGAAGAAAAGCUACCUAAAGGAGCCGUGGGAGAGAAAACAAAGAAUGCCAGUCGAGAUCAAAUUCCUAAAGAACCAAAGGAGCAGCAACUUAACGAAGUCGAAAACACUGCAACACGUAAAAAAAACACCGAAAGGGAGAUCCCACCUAAUAUCCUGAAAAAGGGGGUUGAACUCAAAAAGACCCCUUCGCCUCAAGUGGCUAAAGACAAGGCGGAAGACGAGAAGCCCUUCAAACAUUUGGAGCAACUGAAGAGGGUGGAGCUAAAAAAGACUAUGUCACCAUUAGUUGAUGAGCAAAAACCUAAAGAACUUGAACAUGUCCCCACUGAGAAGAAGCCAAGUGAACAGAUUUCGGCAAACAACUCGGUUGAAACUGAGUUCCCGAAGAAGCCGUUGGCAGACAAGGUUUUUCAACAAGAACAACCUGGGAGAGGCAGUGUUCCUCUGGUGAAGGAGGUCUCUCCUGGACCCGUGCAGAUGAAGAAGGUGCCCACCCAGCCACAGGAGGAGGCUGAAGAGGGCGAGGAAGAUGAAGCUUGGGGCUGGGAACUGGUCCCCAGGGAUGACUGGGAAGGCGAAGCACAUGCUUCGGCGUUGGAAACUCCAGGAAUGCCCGGCGGCAAAAGAGAUGGAAAACCGACCGAAGAGCCACCAAAAGGCAGAGGUCGAGGACUUGGGGCGAGACAAACCCCGUCACCUGGUGACGGAGGCCGGGGCCGUGGCCUGAGGCCUGGAGGGAAAGGCCCGUCGCCGCCGGAGGAACCCUUCGGAGGAUUCAAACUGAAAGCCGUCCCCCUGAAGUUCAUCAAAAAGAUCCAGGACAUCGUGCUGCAGGAGGCCGAGUCCAUUGGCUCGGCCGCCGUGUUCGAGUGCGAGGUAUCGCCCUCCACCGCCAUCGCCACCUGGAUGAAAGACGGCAGCAACCUGCGUGAGGGCCCCAAGCACAAGUUCACCUCCGACGGCAAAGACCGAAAGUUGAACAUCAUCGAUGUGCAGUUGUCCGACACCGGCGAAUACACCUGUAUAGCCAAGAACGCCGGCAAGGAGAUAUCCUGCACAGCCAAGCUCAUUGUAGAAGAGCUGCCUGUGAAAUGGCUGAAAGAGUUGGAACCAGAGACUUCCUGUAUGAAGGGUCAGCCCAUGUAUCUAACCUGUGAGCUGAACAAAGAGAGAGACGUCAUCUGGAAGAAGAACGGCGCCCUCCUGAAGAAACAGGCUGGAAAAAUAGCCGUUAACAUCAUCGGCAUGCAGCACGCCAUCACCAUUCAGAACGCCACAGAGGAGGACGCCGGCGCUUACACAUGCGAGGUGGCCGGAAAUGAAGAUGUCAAGACGACCACCAAUGUCAAAGUCAUCGAAAUCAUCAAAGACUGGCUGGUUAAGCCUCUGAGGGACCAGCACGUGAAACCGAGGGCCAAGGCCACAUUUAAAUGUGAGCUGUUCAAGGACACCCCCAACUGGAAGUGGUUCAAAGGAGACAAUGAGGUCGCUCCUUCUGACAAGGUAGACAUCCACAAAGAUGGAAAGGACAUGACGCUCACCAUCAACAACUGCCAGCCGAACGACGUGUCCGACUACACCCUCGAGGUGGAGGAUCGCAGAUACACGGCCAAACUCACUCUGGGAGAGCGUGAGGCUGAGGUUCUGAAACCCCUCUCCAGCGUGGAGGUGGUCGAGAAGGAGGAAGCCAACUUCGACACUGAAAUAUCUGAGGAGGAUGUGGCUGGCGAAUGGAAGCUGAGGGGACAGGUGCUGAUGAGGUCCCCGAGCUGUGACAUCAAAGCUGAAGGCAAGAAACGUUUCCUGACGUUGAAACACGUGCAGCUGGAUCAGGCGGGGGAAGUGUCCUAUCAGGCCCUGAACGCCAUCACCAGCGCCAUGCUCACUGUCAAAGAGAUCGAAAUGGGCUUUGUUGACCCACUGAAGGACCUUAACGUGCCUGAAAAGAAACAGGCCAAGUUUGAAUGUACUGUCACCAAAGAGGUGUCAAAGGUCAUGUGGUUCAGGGGGACGGAGAUUGUUACCCCGGGCCCUAAAUAUGAAAUAAUGGAUGACGGAACCAAACACAUGCUGAUCGUAAACAGCUGUGAGUUUGACGACGAGGCUCAGUACACCGUGGAAGUGUUGGGACACAAGUCGUCCGCUCAGCUGGCGGUGGAAGGCAUGAGGCUCAAAUUUGUGCGGCAGCUUCAGGACCAAACAGUGAAAGAAGGUGAAGCAGUUCGGUUCGAAAUGGAACUGACGCACGACAACGUGCCAGUUGUUUGGUACCGAAACGAGAUGAAGCUCCACGUGAGCCGAACGGUGCUCAUGCACGUGGAAGGAAAGAAACACACUCUAGAAAUCAGGAUGUUGUCUCUAGAUGAUACCUGCCAGAUAAAGGCAGAGGCCAAAGGAAUUUACUCCACGGCAAAGCUCAAUGUCAUAGAGGGCGAUGCCGUCUUCGUGGUGAAGCUGCAGGAUUACACGGCCACAGAGAAGGAGGAGGUGAGCCUGGACUGUGAGCUGAGCAAAGACGUGCCCGUCGUCUGGUACCACAGCGAGAAGGAGAUCAUCGCCUCCAAGCUGAUGGUCAUGAAGUCGGAGGGAACUCGCAGGUCUCUGAUCCUGAAAAAAGCAGAGCAGAGUAAUAGAGGACAAUAUGUAUGUGACUGUGGAACGGACAAGACCUCGGCCAACAUCAACAUCGAAGCUCGAGACAUCAAGGUGGUCCGGCCAAUUUAUGGUGUGGAGCUUUUUGACGGAGAGACAGCUCGCUUCGAGGUGGAGAUCUCUGAGGAAGACGUCCACGGCCAGUGGAAGCUGAACAGAGAAGUCCUCAGCCCUUCUUCUGACGUGGACAUCAUCGAGGAGGGCGGCAAACACACGCUGAUUCUGUACAACUGUAAGCUCUCCAUGACCGGUGAGGUGGCGUACACCGCUGCCAAUGCCACCUGUUCUGCUAACCUAAAGGUCAAAGAACUUCCUCUGAACUUCCUGACAUCGCUCAGUGACGUUCAGGUGUACGAGAAAGACGAGGCGAGGUUCGAGCUGGAGCUGUCCAGACCCCCAAAGAGUUUCCGCUGGCUGAAAGGUCCUCAGGAGCUGCAGAGCGACGAAAAGUACGAGAUGAUCCAGGAGGGAAACAUGUAUGUUCUGGUGGUCCGAUUGGCCGCCUACGACGACGAAGCCAAGUACAUGUUUGAGGCUGAGGACAAGAGGACGACGGGCAAGCUUGUCAUCCAAGGUAUUCGUCUGGAGUUUGCCAAACCGAUCAAGGACGUGACCGUGAAGGAGCGUGAAACGGCCGAGUUCAGCGUCGAGCUCUCCCACGACAAUAUCCCGGUGGUCUGGUACAAAAACGACGUCCGCCUUCACCCCAGCAAGGUGGUGCACAUGUCGGAUCACGGAAAGACCCACAUGCUGGCCUUCAAAGAGGUCACCAUCGACGACACGUCCAUGAUCAAAGUGGAGGCCAUGGACAAAAGCGUGACCGCCAUGCUCACCGUGCUCGAGGGCGACCUCUAUUUCACCACCAAGCUGCAGAACUAUACCGCCGUGGAGAAGGACGAGGUGAAGCUGGUUUGCGAACUGAGCAAAUCCGUUGCUGAUGUGAAAUGGUUCAAGGACAGCAAAGAGAUCAUUCCCUCCAAGAACAUGGCCGUCAGCACCGAUGGGAAGAAGCGCAUCCUGACGGUCCGGAAGGCAGAGAAGGCCAACAUCGGAGAGUACACCUGCGACUGUGGCUCAGAUAAAACCACAGCCAGCCUUAACAUUGAAGAGCGCGACAUCAAGGUCGUUCGACCGCUGUACAGCGUGGAGGUCACAGAGACAGAAACAGCCAAGUUUGAGACGGAGAUUUCAGAAGACGACGUCCACGGAAAUUGGAAGCUGAAGGGAGAAGCUCUGCACCCGUGUCCCGAUGUGGAGAUUAAGGAGGAGGGAACCAAGCAUAUGCUGAUCCUCUACAACGUCCAAAUGGACAUGGCCGGAGGCAUUGACUUCUCAGCAGCCAACGCCAAGUCCAACGCUCAGCUCAGAGUAAAAGCUCGGUCCAUUGGGCUGCUGCGUCCUCUGAAGGACGUGACGGUGACGGCCGGGGAGACGGCAACCUUCGAGUGCGAGCUGUCUUACGAAGGUAUCGUGGUGGACUGGUUCCUGGGGGGUCAGAAGAUGGAGGCCAGCGACAGGGUGAAGACGCGUGUGGCGGGAAAAGUUCACGCCCUGACCGUCAGAGACGUCACGCUGUGCGAGGCCGGAGAAGUCAAACUCAGCUCCAAAGACUUCCAGACUCAGGCUAAGCUCAUCAUCAGAGAGCCGGCAGUUGAGUUCUCCAAGCCUCUGGAGGACCAGACGGUGGAGGAGGAAGCCACCGCCACGCUGGAGUGUGAAGUCUCCAGAGAGAACGCCGAGGUCCAAUGGUUCAGGGACGGACAGGAGAUCAGGAAGACCAAGAAGUACGAGAUGAUCGUAGACGGGUGCAAGAGGGCGCUACUGGUCCACGACUGCUCUCCGGACGACUCCAAGACCUACACCUGUGACGCCAAAAGCUUCAAGACCUCCUGCUUCCUCAACGUGGAACCUCCUCUCGUGGAGUUCACCAAGCCUCUGCAGGACGUCGAAGUCAAAGAGAAGGAAUCCGCUAGGUUUGAAUGUGAAGUGUCCCGUGAGAUGGCCAAGGUCCGCUGGUUCAAAGACGGCAAUGAGAUCCGGAAGAGUAAGAAGUAUGAGAUCCUCGCUAAGGGGGUCCAGAGGACUCUCGUUGUCCACAAGUCUGCCUUCGAGGACGAGGCCGAGUACGAGUGCGACGCCAGAACCUCAAAGAGCUCCGGCAUGCUCACGGUCAUCGAGGAGGCAGCCCGGUUCACCAAGAACCUGUUCAACGUGGAGGGCACGGAGACGGACAACGUGAAGAUGAUCUGCGAGGUGUCAAAGGCCGGCGCCGAGGUCACAUGGUACCGGGGGGAGGAGGAGCUUCCCGAAGGGGGGCGCUACGAGCAUGUGGUGGACGGACGCAAGAGGAUCCUUAUCAUCCAGGACCUAAGGAUGGAGGACGCCGGAGACUACAACUGCAGGCUGACCACUGGUUUCAAGACCUCUGCCACACUCAAGCUCAACGAGCUGGCGGCAGAGUUCAUCGCCCGUCCUGAGAACCAGGAGGUGGUGGAGGGCGAGAAGGCAGAGUUUGCCUGCUCCGUAUCCAAGGAAACCUACGAGGUGAAGUGGUUCAGAGCAGACAAGGAGGUGGAAGCCGGGGACAAGUACACCGUGGUCAGCGAGGGGAAGAGGAGAGCUCUUAUUGUAAAAAGCUGUGGGAUGAAGGACGAGGGUGGUUACGUCGCCCACAUUGGGAGUGUCAAGGCAUCUGCCGACCUGUUUGUAAUUGAGAAACUGAGGAUCGUCACACCCAUCAAAGACACGGAGGUGAAGGAGGGAAGUGAGAUUGUGUUUAACUGCGAGACAAAUGCAGAGGGAGCGAAAGCCAAGUGGCUGAAGAACGAAGAGACGAUAUUUGAGAGCAGCAAGUACAUGAUGGUCCAGAGGGACAACGUGUUUUCUCUGAGGAUCAGAGACGCCCAGAAGGGAGACGAGUCAAACUACACCAUCAGCCUAACCAAUCAGAGGGCGGAGCAGGCAAAGAGCACCGCCAGUGCUAGAGUGGCCGAGGAAAAGCUAAGGUUCCUGGAUCCCAUCGAAGACGUGGAGACCCAGGAGAAGAAGACCAUUAGCUUUGUGUGCAAGGUGAACCGGCCCGAGGUGACGGUGAUGUGGAUGAAGGCCGGCCAGGAGGUGACGCUAAGCAAGCGCGUGGUCUACCGGGCCGACGGGCUCAAGCACACACUGAUCAUCAAGGACUGCGCCAUGGAGGACGAGGGCGAGUACACCGCCGUCGUUGGGGACGACAAGUGCGCCGCAGAGCUGAUCAUUAGCGAGGCGCCCACGGACUUUGCCGCGCAGCUCAAGGACCAGACCAUCACCGAGUUUGAGGAAGCAGAGUUCACCUGCAAGCUGAGCAAAGAGAAGGCUGUGGUGAAGUGGUACAGGAACGGACGGGAGAUAAGAGAAGGGGCGAGAUAUCAUAUGGAAAAAGAAGGCAGGACGUGCAGACUAAUGGUAAAGGUGUGCAGACCGGAUGAUGAAUGUGAAUACGCCUGUGGUGUGGAUGAGAUGAGGACCAGGGCCAGGCUCUUUGUUGAAGAGACCCCGGUGGAGAUCGUCCGACCUCCUCAGGAUGCAUUUGAGCCUCCAGGCUCCGACGUAGUGUUCGAGGCGGAGCUCAACAAGGACAGGGUGGAGGUAAAGUGGAUGAGGAACAACAUGAUCAUCAUCCAGGGAGACAAAUACCAGAUGAUUAGCGAGGGUAAAGUCCACAGACUGCAAGUCUGUGAGAUCCGACCUCGGGAUCAGGGAGAGUACAGAGUCGUGGCAAAAGACAAGGACGCCAAAGCCAAGCUGGAGCUGGCAGCUGUUCCAAAGAUCAAAACCACCGAUCAGAAUCUGGUCACGGACGCCGGUAAGCCCUUCCUCAUGAGCGUACCCUAUGACGCCUACCCUCGUGCUGAUGCCGAGUGGUUCCUCGCUGGCACCGCUCUGCCCAUCCAGAACAUCGACACCUCCACCGACAAAACCGAAUUCCGCCUGAAGAGCCCCAGCAAGGAGGACCGGGGCCAGUAUAAGGUGGUGAUCAAGAACAAGCAUGGCAAGGGAGAGGCAUUUAUCAACCUGGACGUGAUCGACGUCCCUGCACCUGUGAAGAACCUGAGAGUGGUGGACACCUCUGACGGGGAGGUUAGUUUGGCCUGGGAUGAGCCUGAGAGCGAUGGCGGGAGCAAGAUCGUGGCCUACGUGGUGGAGAGGCGUGACUUGAAGCGGAAAACCUGGACGCUGGCAACAGACCGUGCUGACGCGCCUGAGUACUGCGUUAGCGGCCUCCAGAAGGACUCCAUGUACCUCUUUAGGGUCUGUGCUCGGAACCGGGUUGGCAGCGGACCCAUCGUUGCCACCGUGGACCCCGUCCAGGCCAAGAACAAGUUUGAUGUUCCAGGCGCUCCGGAGAAUGUCGCUGUUGGAGGGGUGAAUAGGGUCGGUGUCACCAUCACCUGGGAGCCCCCCAAGCAUGACGGCGGUUCUGAGGUCACUGCCUACGUUAUUGAGCUCCGCGACAGGACCGCCGUGAAGUGGGAGGCGGCCAUGGUCUGUGCUGCCAGCGACCACUCGGCCACGCUGAGCGACGUGGUGGAGAACAAGGAGUACAUCUUCAGGGUCCGGGCUGAGAACAAGGCCGGUAUCGGCAAGCCCAGCGCUGCCACCAAGCCCGUCAAGAUCAUGGAUCCAAUCGAGAAACCGAGUCCACCUCUGAACUUGAACUACGGCGACCAAAUCAAGACGGCGGUCACUCUGACCUGGGAGACCCCCACAAGCAACGGCGGCAGCUUGAUCACUGGAUACGUGAUUCAGAAAUGCGACGAUGGUGCCGACAAGUGGCUCCGCUGCAACGCCAGACUAUGUCCUGACCUCUCCUACCGGGUAUCCGGUCUGAAACCCGGUCAGAAGUACCUCUACAGAGUUUGUGCUGAGAACGCCGCUGGCUUAUCUGAUCCGGCCGAGCAACUCGGACCGCUUCUCGCUGAUGACCCUCAUGUCGGUCCGACCUUUGACCUGAGCGGCUUCAGAAACGGCCUGGAGGUGAUCGUCCCUCAGCCCCUCACCAUCAGAGUCCCCAUCACCGGGUACCCAACCCCCGUCGCCAAGUGGACCUUUGGGGAGAAGGCACUGACCCCGGCUGACGAACGCGUCUCCAUGGUGACAAAGCCUACAUUCACGGAGCUGACAGUGACACCGAGCGUCCGUCCUGACAAAGGCACCUACACCCUUCAUCUGGAGAACGACGUUGCGUCCAUCUCAGGCGACAUCGAAGUCACCGUCAUCGCAUGCCCUAGUGCUCCUAAGGACUUCAAGGUUGCCGAGGUUACCCGACAUCACGUCCACCUGAUGUGGGAGACUCCGGAGCAUGAUGGAGGAAGUCCAGUCACCCACUUCCAGAUCGAAAAGAGAGAAGUGUCUCGCAAGACCUGGGCAAAGGUGGCCACUGGCAUCCUGGACCUGGAGCACACCAUAACCGACGUGAUUGAGGGAAAGGAGUAUUUGUUCAGUGUCACCGCCUGCAACAAGUGUGGGCCCGGAGAGCCGGCAUAUAUCGACGAGCCCGUCAACGUCUCCUCGCCUGCCACCAUACCUGAUCAUCCCGAGAACCUGAAGUGGCGCGAUAAGAGUGGAAAGAGCAUCUUCCUAUCCUGGGAGCCUCCGAAAUACGACGGCGGCGCCCCGAUCAAAGGCUACGUUGUGGAUAAGUGCCAGCGUGGUACCGACAAGUGGGAACCUUGCGGAGACCCCAUCCUCGAGCUGAAGUUCCAGGUGAACGGACUGAUUGAGGGUCAGUGGUACGCAUACAGAAUAAGAGCUUUAAACAAGCUGGGAGCCAGCCGGCCUUGCAGGGCCACUGAUGAGAUCCAGGCCGUGGAUGCCAGAGAGCCUCCAGAGAUCCAGCUGGAUGUGAAGCUGCUGGCUGGUCUGACCGCAAGGGCUGGAACCAAGAUCGAGCUCCCGGCCGACGUCAAGGGGAAGCCGGAUCCCCGGGUGAAGUGGACCAAGGCCGAUCUGGUCCUUCGGGCUGAUGACCGCAUCGCCAUUGACACCCAACCAGGACACUCCAAGCUGACCAUCGCCAACACCACCAGAGGAGACACCGCCACCUACAUCAUCGAGGCGGUGAACCCCUGUGGGCGCGCCACCGCCACCAUUGACGUCAACAUCCUGGACAAACCUGGCCCACCGGCCGCCUUCGAUAUCUCCGAGGUCACUAACGAGUCGUGCCUCAUGGCAUGGAACCCCCCCAGGGACGAUGGUGGCUCGCCCAUCACCAACUACAUUGUGGAGAGUCGCCUGACGGAGAAAGAAGAGUGGGUGAAGCUGUCUGCCACGGUGAAACACACCACCUUCAAGGCCUGCAAGCUCAUUGCGUUGAAGGAGUAUAUCUUCAGGAUCAGCGCGGAGAACCAGUACGGCAUCGGUGCGCCUGCACAGCACUCGCCUAUCAUUGCAAAGUACUCUUUCGACCCCCCCGGUGCUCCGACCAGAGUCACUCCCUCCGACAUCACCAAGGACGCCGUCACCCUGACCUGGUUUGAGCCGGAUGAGGACGGCGGCAGUCCCAUCAUUGGGUAUUGGAUCGAGAAGUUUGAUCCAGAGAGCGACAAGUGGAUCAGGUGCAACAAACUUCCCAUCAAGGACACAACCUUCAGGGUGAAAGGACUCCCCACCAAGAAGAAGUACAGCUUCCGGGUUUUGGCUGAGAAUCUGGCUGGAUCAGGGAAACCCAGUGUUGAAACAGAUCCAGUCCUCAUCAAGGAUCCCAUUGAUCCUCCAUGGGCUCCCGGGAAACCGGUCAUCAGGGACGUCGGCAAGACUACGGCCCUGCUGGCCUGGACACGGCCAGAGCAUGACGGCGGGGCGAAGAUCGAAGGCUACAUCAUCGAGUUACAGAAGACCGGCAGCGAGGAGUGGAUCCGCAUCGCGGAGGACGUGCCUCAGAUAGAGCACCAGCUGCAGGGCCUGAUGGAAAAGCAGGAGUACUCAUUCCGGGUCAAGGCCGUCAACAAGGCAGGCGAGAGCGAACCCAGUGAGCCCAGUGACCCCGUGAUCUGCAAAGAGAGACUUUAUCCUCCGUCGGCUCCUCAGUGGCUGGAGGUGGCCAACAUCACCAAGAUCAACGCCACCUUGAAGUGGCAGCUUCCCAGCGCCGACGGAGGCUCACCCAUCACCAACUACGUGGUGGAGAAGAGGGACGUGAGGCGGAAGGCCUGGCAGGCCGUGGACACCACGGUGAAGGAGCUGAAGUACACGGUGACACCGCUCAACGAGGGAUCGCUCUACGUGUUCCGUGUGGCCGCUGAGAACGCUGUGGGAACAGGAGAAUUCUGCGAGCUGGAGGACGCUGUGCUCGCCAAAGAUACCUUCACAACUCCUGGACCUCCUUAUGCCCUGAAGGUGGUGGAGGUCACCAAGAGACAUGUGGAUCUGAAAUGGGAAGCUCCCAAGAGCAACGGUGGAAGACCCAUAACCAAGUAUGUGAUUGAGAAGAAAGAGAAGCUGGGAACACGCUGGCUGAAGAGUUGCAAGACUCCGGACAAACAGACUCAGUUCAAGGUGACGGACGUAGACGAAGGCUCCGAGGUUCAGUUCCAGGUCCGAGCUGAGAAUGAGGCCGGGGUCGGAGACCCGAGUGAACCCACUGAGAUCCUCACCAUCGAGGAUGCGACCAGCGCUCCAUCUCCUCCCCUGGAAGUGACCAGCCCCGACGCCAGCAGAGAGCAUAUCAAUGUCACAUGGAAGCCUCCGGCCAAGGAUGGCAGCUCCCCAAUCACCGGCUACCACGUGGAGGUGGCCGAGGCCCGUCCGGAGCUCAAGUGGCUCAGAGUCAACAACCGGCCCAUCAAAGAGCUCAACUUCAGAAUCGAGGAUGGAAUCAAACCAGAGAAGAAGUACGUCAUCAGGGUCCGUGCCAUCAACUCCAUCGGUGUGAGCGACCCCUCCGAGAUCUCUGACAAAGUCUUCACCAAGGAUCCCGAUUGUGCUCCAACCAUGGAUUUGGCGGUGCAGGACAUGGUCGUGGUUGAAGGUGAGAAGCUACACCUGAAGGUCCCCUACCGGGCAAUACCCACACCCAAAAUGGUCUGGCAGAAGGACGCGGUGGAGUGUAAGGCAGGCGACCGGCUCUCCCUCACGGUGGAGAUGAGCAACGCUCACCUGGAGCUGCUCAGGUGCACGCGCGCCGAUGCUGGUGCCUAUGUCGUCACCCUGGAGAACAGCCUGGGAACCGCCAGUGGGAACGUUCACGUCAAAGUCAUCGGACUUCCCGGUCAGUGUAAAGACGUCAUCUCCAGCAACGUCACCAAGAACUCCUGCCAGAUCACCUGGGAAGCCCCGGAGGACGACGGCGGAACCCCCAUCCUUAGCUACACUCUGGAGCGCCGCGAGGCCUCCAAGAAGACCUACAUGCCCGUCAGCUCGGGAGAGAGCGUCCUGACCUGCACCGUCAAAGACCUCUACGUCAACUGCGAGUAUUACUUCAGAGUGAAGGCCAUCAAUCAGGUUGGAGCCGGACAAUACCUGGAGCUACGCCAACCGGUCAUCACGGAGGACGUCAAACAGAAACCAGACCCGCCCAUCCAGGUGGAGGCUCAAGACCCGACGUCCAAGUCCAUCAAAGUCACCUGGAAGGCUCCGGACUUUGACGGUGGUUGUCCCAUCCAGGGUUACAUCCUAGAGAAGAUGGAGAAAGAUGGCGACCGCUACGAGCGGGUCUCCCCAAGCCUGGUGCCCGGUCUUUCCCACGUGGUGACGGGCCUGACGGAGAACGUGGAGUACCAGUUCAGGGUCCGGGCCGAGAAUGCCGCCGGAGUCAGCGAGCCGUCCAGGAGCACCCAGCUCAUGAAGGCUGCCGACCCCGUCGAAAAACCAAAGGUCACCCUCCACGCACGCGUGCAGUCUGGUCUGUGCAUCAAGAAGGGUGCGGAGAUCCGCAUUGACGCCUUCUUCUCUGGCUUGCCAUGUCCCAAAGUCAGCUGGCUGAGAAACAACGAGGAUGUCACCAAAGAGCCCACCAAGAAGGUGGUGGCCGUGAUCAAGAAGAAGAAGAACAAGACGGCAGUUCCUGAGCCAGAGGAGGAGUUUGUGACUCCAAUGCGUGAGCGUCUGGGCCUGGAUCAGAACACCAGCGGCCAGUCGGCACUGAUGAUUCGUGACGCCGUAAGAGCCGACCACGGCACAUUCACCAUCCAGGUGGAGAACACCCACGGCGUGGCCACCGCCUGCUGCGUGGUCAAUGUCCUCGACAAACCUGGCGCUCCGAUCAACUUCUCCUUCGACGAGGUCCGGAACACCUCGGUGGUCUGUAACUGGGAGCCCCCGGAGGACGACGGCGGCAGCGAGGUCCUCAGCUACAUGCUGGAAAAGAAGGACAACAAGAACGAGGAGAUCGGCUGGAUCACCGUCACUUCCACGCUGAAGGGCACCAGCUGCCCCAUCACCAAGCUCAUCGAGGGGAAGGAGUACAUCUUCAGGGUCACCGCCGAGAACAAGUUUGGCUGCGGCCCGCCUUGCGUCUCUGAGCCGCUAGUUGCGAAGAACCAGUUUGAUCCUCCCGACGCUCCCAACACCCCCAGAGUCCACGAGGUAACGGCCAGCUCUGCCCACAUCUCUUGGCAUGAGCCCAAGGACAACGGCAGCCCGAUCCUGGGUUACUGGAUCGAGAGGAAGGAAGUAAACAGCAAACACUGGACCCGGGUCAACCGAGCCCUCCUCAACUCUCUGGACGUGAGGGUCAGUGGCCUCAUGGAGGGACUCACCUACAUCUUCAGAGUAUCUGCCGAGAACCUGGCCGGUCCCGGGCCCUUCAGCGAGCCCACCGACCGCACCGUGGCCAUGGACGCCAUCUUGCCUCCUGGCCCCCCUACUCCGUGGAUCGUGGACACUGGGAAUGACUCUGUCAUUGUGGCCUGGAAACCACCUCUGUACAAUGGCGGCGGGGACAUCCUGGGAUACCACCUGGAAAAGGUUUUGGCCGGAGAGAAGGAAUGGACUCGCAGCACUGAGUUCAGGUGCAAAGAGCUGACGUACACUAUGACUGGGCUGACCCAGGGAGCCGACUACUACAUCCGUGUCAUCGCAAUCAACGACUCCGGACCCGGAGCUCCGGGUGUAACCGAGCCCGUCACCGUGAAGGAGCCCGAAGAACCUCCCGUUGUGGACUUUGACUCCUCUGUGAAGAACGGCGUCAUCAUCAAGGCUGGUGAGCUGCUGAGGCUCCCUGCCGUGGUGACGGGCCGACCGCAGCCCGAGGUCAAAUGGGCCAAGGACGAGGCCGAGAUCGACAUAGACCACGUGGUGGUGGAGACGGAGGGCAAGAACACCGCUUUGUUCAUCAAGAAGGCCGUGAGGGCAGACCACGGGAUGUACCAGGUCUCUGGCACCAACGGGAGCGGAACCAAGACCGCCAAGACCAAAGUGGACGUUAUGGACGUCCCUGGACCGGUGGUCGACCUGAAGACAGUAGUGGUCACCAAGAAGAACAUCACCCUCACCUGGUCCGACCCUCUGGACAAUGGCGGCAGUGAGAUCUUCGGCUACGAGGUGCUGAGGAAGGACGCCAAGAUGAAGUUGUUCCGCCAGCCCAUUGAGACGGCGUCCUGCAAGUGUGACAUUCAGGGCCUGCUGGCCGGUGAGGAGUACGACUUCAGGGUCAUCGCCAGGAACAAGUACGGCGACGGAGCUCCGGCAGAUCUGGGACCCAUCCUGGCAGAGGACCCCAAAGCUACUCCAUCUGCUCCUGAGAAGCUGCACUACACCGACAGAAGCAAGAGCACCAUCACCUUGGCCUGGCAGCUGCCUCGUACCGACGGCGGCAGCCCCAUCCUCGGCUACUACGUAGAGAAGAUGAGGUCGGACGGCAGCGAGUUUGAGGUGGCAAACCGCAAACUCUUUACCGAGUGCUGCGGGACCAUCGAGAACCUGUCGGAGAACCAGGAAUACCAGUUCCGCGUCAAAGCCAUGAGCGAGGUCGGGGAUGGCGACGUCUCCAAGCCGAUCACCGCUAAGAUCCAAGACGAUGAAAUUCCUCCAGUCAUAAGCAUUCUGAAGUUCUUCAAGAGCAACGCCAUCAACGUGAUGAAAGGCUCGGCCAUCGACAUCCCAGCAGAGGUGAAGGGACUUCCCCUACCGACGCUUCAGUGGCUGAAGGAUGGCGUGGUGAUCGAGAAGCCCGAGAACGAUGACAAAAUGACGAUGGAGACCGAAGAGGUGACCCGCACCACCAUGCGGACUAAGAUUGCUCUCCCAGAAACCAUCAGACAGGACAAAGGCAACUACAAGCUGGUGGCUGAAAACUGCUUCGGCAAAGCUGAGCACGUCAUCCACGUGGAGAUCCUCGACCGUCCCCUUCCCCCGAGGAACAUCGUGGUCUCAGACAUUAAGGCCGACUCGUGCUACCUGACCUGGGAUGCCCCUGAGGACAACGGAGGCAGCGAGCUCACCAACUACGUGGUGGAGCGCCGGGACGCCAGCAAGAAGAAGUCUGACUUCGAGGUCCUGACCAUCAACCUUGUGGACAGGAGAUAUGGGGUCUACAAGCUGAACCUGAACGGACUCUACCAGUUCAGGAUCAAAGCCGAGAACAAGUACGGCCUGAGCGACGGCUGCGACUCAGAGAAAGUCCAGCUCAGGGAUCCGUUCGGCCUCCCCGGACCUCCUCGUAACCCCAAGAUCAUCGCAGCCACGGCCACCACCAUGACCCUGAGCUGGGACCCUCCCCUGAACAACGGCGGCUCCACCAUCCAGGGGUACUGGCUGGAGAAGAGGGAGCGCGGCGCCGUCUACUGGGGCCGCGUCAACCGGGCCCCCGUCACAAGGCCCUCUGUGAAGGGCCUACAGUACACUGUGCUCAAGCUUAUCGAGGGAUCCGAGUACCAGUUCAGGAUUGCUGCCAGCAAUGCUGCGGGUGUCGGGCCGCCGUCCGAGUCCAGCGAGUGCCGCUUUGCCCUGGACCCAAGCAAACCUCCCACCCCUCCCGGACACCCCGAGGUCAAAGACAAGACCAAAAGCAGCAUCACGCUCACCUGGAGCCCACCAGACCGAGAUGGCGGUAGCCCUGUCAAGGGUUACAUCGUCGAGGUCCACGAGGAGGGCUCUCCCGACUGGAGGCGGGUCAACCCGGUCGACAAGCUCCACCCCUCCACCGAAAUCACUGUGACCGACCUGAAGGAGGGCAAGAAGUGCAAGUUUAGGAUCUACGCGGUGAACACUGCCGGAAACUCCGAGCCCGCCAAAACGGGAGACAUCCUGGUUCAGGACAUUCUCAUCGAGCCCUCUGUGUCUCUGGACGUCACCGCCCAGGACCUCCUGAACUGCAGAGCCGGAACCCCCAUCAGGAUUGCCGCCUGCAUUGCAGGCCGACCCGUUCCCAAAGUUACCUGGACCUUCGAUGGAACCGCAGAGACCGAGAAAAAGAACGACCUACACAUACUGCCCACUGACUCCGAGAUCCAGUCCACCGACACAACUUCGGUUGUCCUUAUCCUGGAGAGCAAAUUGAGCCACAGCGGCCGAUAUAUCAUCAACGCAGAGAGUCUGGCCGGACACAAGGUGGUCAAAGUGAGAGUCAACGUGCUCGACCUGCCCGGAGCGGCGAGAGACCUGAAGGUCAGCGACGUGACGAGGGGAACCUGCCGACUCACCUGGAAACCUCCGGAGAGCGACGGAGGAGAGAGGGUGAAGAGCUACUUCAUCGAGAAGAAGACUGUGGAUGGCAAAGCCUGGACCAAGGUGAACCCGGCCUGUGCCGCUCAGUCCCUGGUGGUUCCGGACCUAAUCAAUGGUCAGGAGUAUCUGUUCCGCAUCCGUGCUGAGAACCGCUUCGGCUUCGGCCCACCAGCCGAGACCACAGAGGGCACCAAGGCCAGAGAUCCAAUCCAUCCUCCUGAUCCUCCUACCAGGCUGAAGAUCCAGACUGUGAGGAAGGGUGCUGUGAAGUUGACCUGGAAGGCGCCGAAGAACGACGGUGGUUCCCCUGUGACCCACUACAGCGUGGACCUGCUCUGCUGGGAGGCCAGCAGUGCCCAGAAGGAGUCCUGGAGGAGGUGCAACCGGAGGGACGUGGAUACCACCAGCUUCAAGGUGGAGGACCUGACAGAGGGAGACGAGUACGAGUUCAGAGUGGUGGCGCACAACGAGGCCGGAUCAAGCCGACCUUCCUCCACCGUGGGACCCAUUGUCGUCCAAGACCAGACCUGCGCUCCAUCCAUCGAGCUGAAAGAGUUCAUUGAGGCUGAGCAGGGCGCCGACAUCAGCAUCGUGGCAUCUGUCCGCGGCUGUCCCUUCCCAACGCUCACCUGGUACAAAGCUCCGCCCCACAGGUCAGAGGACAAGGUCGAGCUCCAGUACGACGAGCACAUCAACAAGAUAGUGUCCGACGACAGCUGCACACUGCUCAUCCAGCAGGGCAAGCGUCCCGACACCGGCCUCUACACCCUGGUGGCCUCCAACAGCGUGGGCAAGGCUUCCAGGGAGAUGAGGCUCAACGUGCUCGGCCGACCUGGUCCUCCCUCUGCCCCCAUCAAGUUCGAGGAGAUCGGUGCAGAGAGGAUCACACUGUCCUGGCUUCCGCCCAAAGACGACGGCGGUUCCAAGGUCACGAAUUAUGUCAUCUGGAGGCGCGUGGCCACCAGGAAAAACUGGGUGCCCGUCACCAGCGAGCCGAGAGAGCGGGUGUGGACGGUGGAGAACCUGAUGGCCGGGCACGAGUACGUCUUCCGCAUCAUGGCCCAGAACAAGUACGGAGUUGGAGAGCCGCUGGACAGUGUGCCCGAGGUCGCCCGGAACCUCUACACCGCCCCCGGUCAGUGUGAGAAGCCCACGGUGUCUGGCGUCACCAUGGACUCCAUGACGGUCAGCUGGGAGGAGCCAGAGGACGACGGCGGCACGCCGAUCACUGGCUUCUGGUUGGAGCGCAAGGAGACCACGGGCAAGCGCUGGACUCGCGUCACCCGGGACCCCAUCCGCCCCACAGGCAUGGGCGAGUCCUUCAUGGUAAGCGGGCUCAUCGAGGGCUCGCAGUACCUCUUCAGGGUGUCCGCCAUCAAUGCCGCAGGACCAGGGCUCGCCAGCCCCCCCACGGGACCCAUCUUCGCCAGAGACCCCAUCUCUCCACCCUCUCCUCCAACACCGAAGGUUUCCGAUUGGACCAGGUCCUCGGUGGAACUGGAGUGGAUCCCUCCUCUUAAAGACGGAGGCUCCAAGAUCAUCGGGUACUGGGUGGAGCACAAGGAGGAGGGCACCGAGGCCUGGGUCAAGGCCAAGGAAACGGAAAUUCGAGGCACCCGACUGGUGAUCGCCGGUUUAAAGACUUGCGGUAAAUACAAGUUCAGGGUCACUGCGUUUAACGCUGCGGGUAACGGCGAGCCGGGGGAAGUCCCAGAGGUGCUGGAGGUCAACGACAGAAACAUUGCCCCCGAGGUCGACCUGGAUGCCUCAGUGAAGGAGCGGAUGGUGGUACACGCCGGCGGCGUGAUCCGGAUCAUCGCCUAUGUGUCAGGCCAGCCGUCCCCAGAGGUUACCUGGAGCCGAGACGGAGCGGCGCUGCCCCCCGACGCUAAAGUUGAGACGACCGCCAUCAGCUCGUCUCUGGUCAUCAAACCCUGCACCAGGAAGCACAUCGGCGUUUACACUCUGACCGCCAAGAACGCUGGAGGGGAGAAGACCAAGAACAUCACCGUGGAGGUUCUGGACGUCCCCGGCUCCAUCGGCAUCCCCUUCACCGCAGAGAACCUCACCAGCGACUCUUGCAAGCUCAACUGGUUCUUUCCUGAGAAUGACGGCGGCUCUCCCAUCAGCAACUACGUUAUUGAGAAGCGCGAGGCCGAGCGCAAGGCCUGGACCUCACUGCACUUUACCGCCAGCCGACAGAACGCCGUGGCUCACGGCCUCACCAUCGGAAAAUCCUACUUCUUCAGAGUAGCUGCAGAGAACGCCAUCGGCGUAGGACCCUUCAUGGAGACCGCAGCCGAGCUCAUCGUCAAGGAACCGAUCAGUGUGCCCGACCGCCCCGAGGAGCUCGAGGUCACCAAGGUCACUAAGGACUUGAUCGGCGUCACCUGGAAGGCACCAAAGUUUGACGGCGGCUCGGAGAUCACAAUGUACAUCCUGGAGGCGCGUAUGAUUGGCAAAGACAAGUUCACCAGAGUGACGAAAGAGAAGCUGAUGGAGAGGAAGUACAACUACGACGGCCUGAGGGAGGGAGACAGCUACGAGCUCAGGGUCAUCGCCGUCAACGAAGUCGGACCCAGCAAGCCGUCGUUCUCCACCAAACCCAUCACCUGCAAGGACGAGCUGGAGCCGCCCACCAUUGAGCUGGACUUCCGCGAUAGGAUAAUUUUCCGCGUGGGCGAGAGCUGCCUGCUGCAGGGCCGCUACACCGGUAAACCUUCUCCCUCCAUCAUGUGGUACCGAGACGACGAUGAGCUGAAGGCCGACAAGCACGUCAUGUUCAAGAACACGUUGACCACCAUGUCGCUUGGCCUGAUGAAGGCGGAGCGGCAACACAGCGGCAGAUACGUGGUGGUGGUGGAGAACAGCACUGGAUCCAGGAAGGGAGUCUGCAACAUCACAGUGGUCGACCGGCCGACUCCUCCUGUUGGCCCAGUGGUGUUCGAGGAGGUGCACAGGGAAUAUAUGGUGGUCUCCUGGAAGCCUCCUCUGGACAGCGGCGGUGUUGACGUCUCCAACUACAUCAUCGAGAAGAGAGACACCAACAGAGAAGCCUGGACCACGGUGACGUCAGCCUCCACCAAGACCAUAUGCAAGAUCCCAAAGCUAACGGAGGGCAGGGAGUAUGUCAUGAGGAUCUUAGCAGAGAACAUGUACGGCAUCAGUGACCCUCUGGAGUCCGAGGAGAUGAGAGCCAAAGAUCUCUUCAGAGUUCCUGAGGCCCCUGAGAUGCCAACAGUCAGGGAGGUGUACGCCACCAACGCUCUGGUGCUGUGGAACCGGCCUCGCGAUGGUGGGAAGCCAAUCAUCAACUACGUCCUCGAGAAGAAGGAGCCCAACGCAAAGAGGUGGUCCAGAGCCACCAGGGACCCGUUGUACCCGGCCACUCAGUACAGAGUCCAGGACCUGGUGGAGGGCUGCGAGUACGAGUUCCGCGUGAUGGCUGAGAACGAGCUGGGAACCGGAGACCCCAGUGUUCCCUCCAAACCCAUCCUCGCCAAAGACCCCAUCGUGUGUCCCAGCCCCCCAGUGACCCCUGAGGCCUACGAUAAGACUAAGGACUCGGUCAGCCUGAAGUGGAAGUUACCCCGUCAUGACGGGAAGGGCCGGAUCUUCGGCUACCUCGUUGAGUACCAGGUGCCGGGUGGCGUGGAGUGGAAUCCAGCCAAUGAGACCCCAGAGCAGUGCCCAAACCUCUACUACGUGGCGACGGGGCUGGCCGAUGGACAGGAGUACAACUUUAGAAUCUUCACCGUUAAUGCUGCUGGCAAAUCCGACCCUGCAUACGUAAGACAGACCAUCAAAGUCCAUGACAGACUGGAGGAGCCAGAGUUGCUGCUGGAUGCCAACAUGGCCCGCGACCACCUGGCCAUGCUGGGCACCGAUAUUACCCUCAGCGCCACAAUUAAGGGUGUGCCAACACCCACCGUUAGCUGGAAGAAGAAUGACGGUGACGUUCCUUCUCACAUCACCAUUGCUGUCACCCCCACCGGUAGCAAAGUCUUCAUCCCCAAGAGCAUUCGUGCGGACUCAGGCAACUACACCAUCACCGUGGAGAAUGCUGCUGGAAGGAAAUCAGCAACCGUUGCUGUACUUGUUUUGAACAAGCCGUCUCCUCCCAGAGACCUGGUGAUCUCCGAGGUGACCAGUGAGUCGGCCUACCUGACAUGGAAGAUUCCCGAGGACAACGGCGGUGCCGUCAUCUCCCACUACGUCGUGCAUAAGAAGGACGUGGCUGCCGAGCAGUGGGUUCCGGUCUCCCCAGCCAACAAGAAGCCGAGUCUGAUGGCUAUGUACUUGAUGGAAGGAAUCCAGUACUUGUUCAGGGUGGCUGCUGAGAACCAGUUUGGUAGAAGCGACUAUGCAGUAACCAGGACACCCAUCAAGGCUCUGGAUCCUCUCUAUCCUCCUGGCCCCCCCAAGAACCUCCACCACACUGAUGCAGACAAGACAGAAGUGUGGCUGGCAUGGGAGUGGCCCGACCGCACCGGUGGAAGUGAAAUCACCGGCUUUAUUGUUGAGCACCAGGAAGAGGGCCAGACCGACUGGAUCACAUUCAAGACUGUCAGCAACAACCAUGUCCACGUCACCGCUCUGGAGGAGGGCAAGACAUACCGCUUCAGAGUCAAGGCUCAGAACGCCAUUGGUGUGAGCAGUCCCGACACCAGUGUCCCCAUCACCUGUCAGGAAAAGACACUGCCACCAACUAUUGACGUUGAUGUGAAGCUUAUUGAGGGUCUUGUUGUAAAAGCUGGUACUGCUAUUACGCUUCCAGCCAAUGUGACAGGCAUUCCCAUUCCCACUGCCAAAUGGAUGACGGAUGGCAAGGAAAUUACAUCUGAGGGCCGCCAUCACAUUGAGACGGCUGGGAGCUCUACCAUCCUCAGCAUCCCUGAGACUCAGAGAGGAGACACUGGGGAGUACAUUCUCACUGUGGCCAAUCCUUCAGGCAGCAAGACCGUUGCCCUGCAUGUCACAGUGCUGGAUCUUCCAGGUCCACCAAUUGGACCCAUCAAUAUCUCAGAGGUCACCCCUGAUUACAUGAUGAUCCAAUGGAGAGCACCGAAGGAUGAUGGUGGCACACCCAUCAUCAGCUACGUGGUGGAAAAGAAGGAUGUGAAGAAGCCAUGGGAGCCCUGGUCUGUUGUUAGCUCCAGCGGCACUAGCACCAAGGCCAAAGUAUCCAGGCUAGAGAAGGGCCGUGAGUACAUUGUCCGUGUCCGCGCAGAAAACAAGAUUGGCAUUGGUGCAGGCCUUGAGAGUCCCCCCACUAUUGCCAAGCACAUGUUUAACCCUCCUGGUCCACCAGGCCUGCCAGAGUGCUCAGACAUCACUGAGAAUGCUGUGACAGUGGAAUGGACCCUUCCCGACUAUGAUGGAGGCAGCCCCAUCAGUGGAUAUGUAAUUGAGCGCAGAGAAAUGACAGGAAAGUGGAUCCGUGUCAACAAAACUCCUGUGCUGGACCUCAGAUACAGAGUCUCAGGCCUGUUCGAAGGCAACACCUAUGAAUUCAGGGUAUUUGCUGAAAACGUUGCUGGUAUCAGCGGGCCUUCUCCUAUAUCCGACCCCGUCAGGGCAACUCGUGCCAUCACCAAACCUGGACCGCCUGGCAAUCUGAAAUUGAAAGACUGGAGCAAGUCCUAUGCUGAUAUCUGCUGGACCAAGCCGGCAAGAGACGGAGGCAGCCCCAUCCUGGGCUACGUUGUUGAGUUACAGAAGUCAGGGUCUGCCCAGUGGGACAGAAUCCAUAAGGACCAUAUCAAAAUGUGUGCCUAUAGAGUGCCAGGCUUCAUUGAAGGAAUGGAGUACAGAAUUCGCAUCAGAGCAACUAACAAGGUUGGAGACAGUGAACCCAGGGAGCUGUCUGAGACCAUCUUGGCAAAGGACAUCCUGGUGCCCCCUGAGGUUGUUGUUGACGCAUCCUGCCGCGACUCUCUGACUGUGAGAGCAGGUCAGAUCAUAAGUUUGAUCACUAGGGUGAAAGGCAGACCAGACCCAGAGAUCACAUGGACCAAGGAUGCCCGAGCAUUAUCUCGGGACAAGCGCACUGAAAUGAAUAACAACUACCCCCUGUGUGAACUGGUCAUCACUGAAGCAGUCAGGUCAGACUACGGGAAAUAUGCUAUCAAUGCCAAAAAUAGCAGUGGACAGGCACAAGCCACAAUUAUUGUCAAUGUCCUGGACACACCAGGGCCUUGCCAGAACCUGAAAAUGGCUUAUGUGACCAAGAACUCCUGUAUGUUUUCCUGGGAGAACCCUGAAGACAACGGAGGAACUGAGAUCAACCAGUACAUUAUUGAGUGCCGUCAGCCCAGCCAGAGAGCAUGGUCUGUGGUGUCCAACGACUGCACCAAGCGCUUAAUAAAAGCCCCGCUUACCGAAGGCUGUGAGUACUUCUUCCGUGUCAGUGCGGAGAACAAGAUCGGUGCUGGUCCUGUCACUGAGACCAAGACACCCGUGCUGGCAGUUGAUCCCAUUGAGAAGCCCGGUGAACCCAUUGACUUCCAGAUUUCUGAAAUCGGCAAGACGUUCUGCUUCCUCAAGUGGAGGAAGCCUGACUAUGAUGGAGGUAGUCGUAACCUGGCUUAUCAUGUUGAGAAGAAACCAAAGGAGGCUGAGGAGUGGGAGAGACUUCAUAAGGGUGCUAUCAAGGAAACGUACUUCAUGGCUGACCGCUGCAUUGAAAACCAGAUGUAUCAAUUCAGAGUUCAGACUAAGAAUGAGGGAGGCGAGAGUAACUGGGUUACCACACCUGAAGUCCUGGUUAGGGAACAGCUUGUUGAGCCUGAGAUCAAGAUAAAGCUGGAUGCAACGCUUGUUGUCAAAGCAGGAGACUCCAUUGCUAUUGAGGCAACAGUGAAGGGCAAACCCCAGCCUGAUGUCAAAUGGACUAGAGAUGAGAGCACAGCGGAGAUAAGGAGGGGCCCCAGGCUUAAGAUCGAAACUGGUGCUGACUUCUCCAAACUGCUUAUUACUGGCGCUAGGCGCACUGACAGUGGUAAAUACAUUGUUACUGCUUCAAACAGUGCAGGAACCAGAUCUUCUCAUGCUAAGGUCAAUGUACUGGACAGACCUGGUCCCAUCAGGGACCUCAACGUGUCCGGUAUCACCAUCGACAGGUGCCAUUUGGCAUGGGAAGUCCCAGAGGAUGAUGGUGGCUGCGACAUCUACAACUACAUCAUUGAGAAGUGUGAGACCAAGAGGGGAGUCUGGUCAGUCCACUCAAAUGCCGUCAUAACCAACAAAGCCAAUGUCACCCGGCUCAUUGAGGGCAACGAGUAUAUUUUCAGAGUUCGUGCUGAGAACAAGAUGGGUCCUGGCCCUGCGGUGCAGAGUGAAGCCAUCGUAGCCGGCACCCAGUUCAGUGUACCUGACGCUCCGCAGGCACCAGAGGUCACCAAGAUUGCGAAGGUAGAGAUGACUGUGCAGUGGUCACAGCCCGAGAAAGACGGUGGAAAGCCAAUCACAGGGUACCUUUUGGAAAAGAGGGAGGAGCAUGCUGUUAGGUGGUCCCCCGUUAACAAGGAUGCAAUCCCUUCAACUCGUUUCACGGUUACCGGACUCCUACCUCUCCAUGACUACCUGUACAGAGUCAAGGCUGUCAAUGAAAUUGGUGUUGGAACCCCAAGUAAACCUUCAAGGGCAAUCACUGCCAAGGACACAGUUGAGCCUCCUGCGCCACCUACUAACAUGAAAGUCCUUGAUAGCACCAAGUCCAGCAUCACCCUAGGCUGGACCAAGCCAGUGUCAGAUGGUGGAGCCCCCCUCAUUGGCUAUGUCGUGGAGAUGAAGGCACAGGGGACUGCUAAGAAAGGAGAAGACAGCUGGAAGAGGUGCAACGUUGCAGCUCAGCUGGUCUUGUGCGAGUUCACCGUCUCAAGUCUGGAUGACCAGCUUGUGUAUGAGUUUAGAGUAUCGGCUCAGAACCAGGUGGGCAUGAGCCUGCCCUGUGACCUAGACGGUGCUGUGAUCCCCAGGGAGAUUCUAGAGGCACCAGAGAUUGACUUGGACGCCAAUCUGAAGCAAGGCCUGACUGUAAGAGCUGGUUGUCCCAUCCGACUGUGCGCCACCAUCCGGGGAAGACCGCCUCCAACGGUCACUUGGAGGAGGAUGGGUAUCGACAACGUGGUCAGGAAGGGAAAGGUCGACAUCAUUGACACCAUGACUUUCCUGGUCAUCCCCGACAGCACCCGCGAUGACUCUGGCAAAUACUGCCUGGCGCUUCGCAGUCCUGCUGGAGAGAAAGCUGUGUUUGUCAGCGUUAAGGUUCUGGACACUCCGGGACCUGUGAUGAAUUUGGAAGCUACCGACAUCAAGCAGACAUCAGCUAUGCUCUCCUGGACUUCUCCGGAUGUCGAUGGUGGCAGCGAAGUGACUCACUACAUUGUUGAGAAGCGCGAGAUGGACCGCAAGACGUGGGCAACCGUUAAGGCUGAAGCAGGGAAGGAUAAGAUUCCCUUUAAGGUCAGCGGCCUCGUACCGGGCACCGAGUAUUACUUCAGAGUCACAGCUGUCAACGAGUAUGGUUCUGGGGUUCCUAAGGUGUCACCCACUUCCUACCUGGCCUCGGAUCCUGUCAGCAAGCCGGAUCCCUGUGAGAAGAUUGAAGUUCUUGAGAUCACUAAGAACAGUGCCGCAGUCGGCUGGGUGAAGCCUGCCAGAGAUGGUGGUGCCAAGAUUGAUGGUUAUGUCAUUGAAUAUAUCGAGGUCAAACCUUCUCCAGAGACUCCAGCACCUGUGGAGGUACCAGAGGGAGAAGAAGCUCCUCCACCACCUCCACCGCCUCCAGUGGAAGAGGAGGAAGAUGAAGAACCUGAAAAAGAAGUAUGGAACUCCUACACUACGGUGAAAGGUUUGACAAUCAGUAUCAGCGGCCUGAAGGAGGGCAAGAAGUACAAGUUCAGAGUGGCUGCUAAGAACAUCAUGGGCCAGAGCUUGUUCACUGAGACCAGGCAGCCAAUCGAGAUCAAGGAGCAGAUGUUGGAUCCAAAGAUCGUCAUGCCAGAGACGGUGAGCGCCAAAGCCGGAGCCAAGCUCAGAGUGGAGGCGUUGGUUUCCGGAAAACCCACCCCGACUUGCAAGUGGAUGCGCGGUGAGGACGUAGUGGUCCCGUCCAGCCGUCUGGCCGUGCACCAGUCAGGCAGCAUGUGUGUUCUGAUCAUCAAAGGCGUGUCGAGGACCGACAGCGGAGAGUACAGCCUAGUGGCUGAGAACAGCUCUGCAAAGGUGGUCGAGACUCUGAAAAUGGUCAUUAGAGACAUCCCCGGUGCUCCAGAAGGCCCUGUGGUAGUCAGUGACAUUGACUCAGAUGCCUGCUCUCUGUCCUGGCACAAACCACUGGAGGACGGCGGUAGCAAUAUCACCAACUAUGUGGUGGAGAAAUGUGAUGUGAGUAGAGGAGACUGGGUAACUGCGACCUCCUCUGGUCAGAAAACUAGCUGCAGACUUGGGAAGCUCAUCCCCGGUAAAGAGUAUGGAUUCCGUAUCCGUGCUGAAAACCGCUUCGGGUUGUCGGACCCCAUUCAGUCCGACAGGAUGGUUGCAAAGUUCCCCUUCGAUGUUCCUAGUGAGCCUCUCAACUGUCGUAUAAACAAGACCAACAAGGACUGUAUGUUUGUUGCCUGGGACAAGCCCGACACAGACGGCGGCAGUCCCACCACGGGUUACUACAUCGAGCGGAAGGAGAGGAACAGUCUUCUGUGGGUGAAGGCCAACGACACUGUAGUACGCACAACAGAGUACCCGUGUGCUGGCCUCAUCGAAGGCCUGGAGUACACUUUCAGGGUGUCCGCCAUCAACCGCGCCGGCCAAGGCAAACCGAGCAAGAAGACUGACUUUGUCACGGCUAGAACGCCUGUUGACACUCCAGGUAAACCUGAGAUCCUGGAUGUAACCAAGAAUUCAGUUACUCUGGUUUGGACCCGUCCCAAGAAUGACGGUGGGAGCAAGAUCAUUGGCUACUACGUUGAGGCCAUGCAGCUCCCAGGAGACACCUGGAUACGCUGCAACACCAGCAGCCAGAAUGUCCCCAGAGAGGUGUACACAGUGACCGGACUUGAGAGGGACCUGCAGUAUCAGUUCAGAGUCAUCGCCAAAACCGCCGUUAAUAUCAGCAAACCCUCCGAUCCCACAGACCCUGUGCUGGUCUGUGCUGAGAAUGUUCCUCCAAGGGUGGAGCUUAACGCUAAGAUGCAGAAAGGCAUGAAGGUGAAGGCCGGAUGCACCAUCCUUCUAGAGGCUGAGAUAUUUGGUAAGCCGAUGCCCAAAGUGACGUGGAAGAGAGCUGAUGACAGCCUGAAAUCAGGUGAAGGCCAGAUUCUCAACCAGGAAAGGAAUCACGUCCAGCUGGAGAUGACAGCAGUCACCAAGGACCACACAGGAACCUACACCAUCUUGGCCGAGAACACAAGCGGCUCCAAGACCGCAGAAAUCCAGGUCAACGUUCUGGAUGUGCCUGGCCCUCCUGCCAGUGCCAAAUGCCUUGAGGUGUUUGCCACAAGUAUUAAGAUGUCCUGGGAGGCUCCUCUGAAGGACGGUGGCGCUCCCAUCAGCAACUACAUUGUGGAUAAGCGUGAGACGAGCAGGGCCAACUGGGCCCAGAUCUCCGCCAAGAUCAAAGGCAAUGUCUUUGAGAUAAAUGUGGAGAAGUUGAUUGAGGGCCACGAGUACCAGUUCAGAAUCCGUGCAGAGAACACUUGUGGAGUCGGAGAUGCCCUAAUCACCGGCCCUGUCAUCGCCAAGAACCCAUUCACUGUCCCUGGCCCUUGCGAGGCCCCAGUGAUCACCAAUGUGACCAAAGACCGUGUGACGGUGAGUUGGAAGGAGCCUGCCGAUGAUGGAAAGUCCACCAUCCUGGGAUACCUGCUGGAAAAGAAAGAGACCAAGGAGGUGAACUGGACCAAGUUGACUAGGAAGCCAAUGACAGAGAGGAGCUUGGACGUCACAGGCCUCACGGAAGGAGCAGAGUACGAGUUCAGAGUCAGUGCUGUCAAUGUGGCUGGGGUGGGCAAACCCAGUGAGCCUUCUGCUGGCACCACGGCACAGAAUCCUAUCAAUCCUCCGGGCCCUGUUGUGAACCCUAGUGUUACGGACACAACCAACAGCACCAUUAGACUCACCUGGACCGCCCCCACAAACGAUGGUGGAAGCCCCGUUAUCGGCUACCUGGUGGAGAGCAAGAGGACAGACACCACGGAUUGGAUCCGCUGCAACGUACCCAGGAACCUGCAGGACACCAGCUACACCAUCCAGAACCUGAUACACAAGGCCGAGUACCAGUGCCGCAUCACUGCUGUCAACAAGGUUGGCUUCGGCGAGCCGGUUGAAGUACCUGAGAAGCAUGUUGCCAAGGACAUCAUCAUUCCUCCCGAGGCAGAGCUGAGUGCGGAGCUGAAGGAAGUUCUGGAGCUGCGUGCCGGGGCCACCAUGAGGCUGUAUGCCACCAUCAAGGGAAGUCCGAUUCCCAGGAGCACUUGGGCCAAGAUGAACACUAACAUCAAGGACCGCCUGGGCGUGGUCAUGAAGUCCACCAACACUGACUCCCUGGUGUUGGUGGAGAAUGUCAACAGAUACGACGCUGGCAAAUACAUCCUGAGCCUGGAGAGUUUGGCUGGCAUUAAGAUGUACACUGUUGUUGUCAAGGUUAUUGAUACUCCAGGACCACCAGUCAACCUGAUGGUGAAGGAGUCAAACAAAGAUAGUGCCUCCAUCUACUGGGACACCCCUCUGAUUAACGGUGGCUUUGAAGUCACCCACUACAUCGUGGAGAAGCGUGACACUGAAAGGAAGGCCUGGUCCAUCGUUGCCAACAACUGCACCAAGACAUCGUUCAAGGUGCCAGACCUUGACGCCGGCCGGUGCUACAGCUUCAGAGUGUCGGCAGUUAACGAGCUUGGGGCUGGAGAGUGCUGUGAGACAGCCGACUCAGUCAAAGCAUGUGAGGAGCCCGGGCCCGUCAUGGACUUCAAGACUCUGCUUGUUACCAAGUAUUCAUGCACUCUAAGUUGGAAGAAGCCCCUCACUGACGGUGGCAGUCGCAUCAUCUGCUACGUGCUGGAGGUUCUCAACGGCGACGACAAGUACAAGGAGCUAAUGAGGUCCAAAAACAUGCAGUACAGUGCCAAGGAUCUGGUGGAGGGAAAAGAGUACAACUACAGAGUCACAGCUGUGAAUGACUCAGGAGAGAGUGCUGCCAAGGAGCUUAAGGUGGUCGCCAGGGAUCAGCUCAUUCCUCCCAGCUGUGACUUAAGGGAGCUUCCCAACAUGUGUUACAUCGCCAAGGAAAGCAGCACUGUCCGUCUCAAAAUCCCGAUCAUCGGCAAACCAACUCCCAAGGUCUCCUGGAAAAAGGGAGAAGAGGAGAACCUGACGGACACCGGCCGAGUGUGUGCCGAGUCUUCGGCAGUCAACACCACCCUUCUGAUUAGGGAUUGCCAGAGGAGUGAUGCUUCCAAGUACACCAUCACCUUGAGGAACAGCGCAGGAAGCAAGGAGUCCACCAUCUUUAUUAGGGUGGUGGGUAAGCCCGGCAUUCCUAUUGGUCCCAUAAAGUUCAAAGAUGUUACGGCCGACGGUGCUACGCUGAAGUGGGUCACUCCGAAGGACGACGGUGGCUCCGAAAUUACCAACUACAUCCUAGAAAAGAGGGACUCCGUCACCAACAUGUGGGUGACUGUGUGCUCCAGUGUGGAAACCAACACCAUGAGGGUGACCGGUCUCCAUGAGGGCACAGAGUACAUCUUCAGAGUCUGUGCUGAGAACAAGUACGGCGUUGGAGAGGGACUCAAGUCCGAGCCAAUCAUUGCCAAACAUCCAUUCAAUGUUCCCGAUGCUCCACUUCCACCUCAGAUCAUGAGCAUGCGCCACAACUCUGCUUACCUGGCUUGGUCUGACCCCAGAAAGACGGGCGGGUCUCCCAUCACAGGUUACCAUGUUGAGUUCAAGGAGAGAAACAGUAUGUUGUGGAAGAGAGCGAGCCCGUCCGCCCUGAGGAUGCGGGAACAUAAGGUCGCCGGACUGACUGAAGGUCUGGAAUACGAGUUCAGAGUCAUGGCAAACAACCUGGCUGGCAUAGGCCGACCAAGUGGUCCCACGGAUCCACAGGUUGCCCUGGAUCCAAUUGAUGCUCCUGGGAAACCUGAAGUGGUCAGCAUCACCAGAAGUACAGUGACCCUCCAGUGGACCGAGCCACAGUUCGAUGGCGGCCACAGGCUGACAGGCUACAUCGUUGAGAGACGUGACCUUCCCUCUAAGAUCUGGGUGAAGGCCAACAACGUCAAUGUUGUGGAGCCUGCAUACACUGUGACCGAUUUGCAGGAGGGCUGCAAAUAUGAGUUCAGAAUCAGGGCAAAGAACUCUGCUGGUGCCAUCAGCCCUCCUUCUGAACAGACAGACACUAUAAUUUGCGCUGAUGAAUAUGCUGCCCCAACCAUUAUUAUUGAAGCUCAGGUGAAGGAGGGUCUGACUGUCCGAGCAGGAGACACUAUUGUCAUCACGGCCACAAGCAUUUUAGGCAAACCUGCUCCAACCUCAUGCUGGUCGAAGGGAGGAAAGUAUUUCAAACCCUCUGAUCUUGUUCACAUUGAGACCACUGCAACUUCCUCCACUCUGUCCGUCAAGUAUGCCAGCCGGAAGGAAUCUGGGGAGUACAUCAUCACUGCCAGCAAUCCCUUUGGUGUGAAGGAAGAAACCGUCAAAGUCACAGUUCUGGAUGUUCCUGGAGUUCCUGGACCCAUUGAAACCAGUGGUGUCUCCUCUGAAAAGGUGACUCUUACCUGGACAGCUCCUACCGAGGACGGAGGCGCUCCCAUCAAGUACUACACCCUUGAGAAGAGAGAAACCAGCCGCCUGCUCUGGACUAUUCUGGAAGAGAAGGUCAUCGACUGUCACUAUGUUGCCCACAAGCUCAUCCAAGGCAACGAGUACUUCUUCAGAGUCUCUGCCGUCAACCAGUACGGUGCCAGUGAGGCAUCUCACUCUGAGGCCGUCAAGAUGGUUGACAGAUUUGGUGUUCCUGGUCCACCUUCUAAACCAGAAGUGGAUAAAGUUGAUGGACAUUCGGUCACUGUGACCUGGAGGAGACCGGCCGAGGAUGGAGGAAGUGACAUCAUAGGUUACUGUGUUGAGAAGAAGGAGAAAAAGGGCAUGCGAUGGGUCAGGGCGUCAAAGAAAUCCAUUGCUGAGCUCAGCUAUGACGUCAGUGGUCUCAUUGAGGGCUUAGAGUACGAGUUCCGUGUUCUUGCUGAGAACAAAGCUGGCUUCGGAGAGCCUAGUGAACCAUCUAUGCCUGUCAGAACAAUAGUUGCUGCUUAUGUGCCUGGACCUCCAAUCAAUCCAAGAGUCACAGACACAACCAAGAGCACUGCCACUCUUAACUGGGGGAAACCUCUUGAUAAUGGUGGACUUGAAGUUAGUGGAUAUGUGAUUGAACACAAGAAGGAAGGAGCAGAAGAAUGGGUGAAGGACACCCCAUCAUCUCCACUUAGGAUCACAGAGUUUGUUGUUAGCAGGCUGGAAACUGGUGGAAAAUACCACUUCAGGAUUAGCGCUGUGAAUGCUAAGGGGGCAGGAGAACCUGCCGAAACCCAGGAGCUGUUUGAGAUUGUGGAGCGUGCAGCUGAACCGGAUUCGGAGUUGGAUGUUGAGCUGAGAAGAACCCUUGUCGUCAGGGCUGGCUGCUCCAUUCGUCUCUUUGUGCCAAUCAAGGGACGCCCUUCACCUACUGUCACCUGGACAAAGGAUUGUGGUCCUGUCCCACGUGCAGUCAUUGACAGCACUGAGUCAUUCACUAUGCUGAUCAUCCCUGAGAGUUCCAGGAUUGACGUGGGUAAAUAUACCCUGACCCUUGAAAACCAAGCUGGAAAGAAGAGUGCCGAUAUACAAGUGAGAGUUCUGGACUCACCUGGUCCUCCACUUAACCUAAAACCAGUCAAGAUUGACAAGGAAAGCAUUUCCCUUCAGUGGGAGAUGCCUCUCAUUGACGGUGGAGCCAAGAUCACCAAUUACAUCAUUGAGAAGAGAGAAUCAACGCGAAAGGCUUUUGCUACCGCUAUUACAAAAUGCUCAGCCACUUCGGUUAGGAUUGGUGAUCUGGGUGAAGGCUGUGAGUACUACUUCAGAGUGUCUGCUGAGAAUGAGUACGGCAUUGGUGAGGUGGCUGAAACCGCUGAUCCAAUCCGUGCAUCACAGGCACCAACUCCUCCAGAGAGCAUUAUUCCUACCGAUAUCACCAAAACCUCCGUGAGCCUGGCCUGGACCAAACCAAAGCACGAUGGUGGAAGCAGAAUUACGGGAUAUGUCCUCGAAGCCCAGAAGAAAGGCACUGAUCCCUGGGCCCAUGUAACAUCAGUCAAGACCAUGGACUUUACAGUGAAGAAUCUUAAUGAGAAGGAGGAGUACAGCUUCCGGGUAAUGGCUGUCAACAGCUCAGGUAGAAGCGCUCCACGUGAGAGUAAACCAAUCGUUGUCAAGGAUUCCACUUUGCUGCCACAGUUUGAUCUCUGUGGUGUGUGUCAGAAGACCGUUAUUGCCAAGGCAGGAGAUGAUAUCAAGGUUGAAAUUCCAGUUAUGGGACGUCCAAGACCAACUGUCUCUUGGCAAAAGGAUGGCACGGCGCUGAAGCUCACACAGAGAACCAAUGUGGAAACUACGGCUGCCACAGUUGUACUCGGCAUUGGCGAAUGCAACAGAGCUGACAGUGGUAUAUACACUUUAACAGGAAAGAACAUUGUUGGUUCUGUGACGGACAACAUCAUUGUCAAAGUACAUGAUGUACCUGGUCCACCCAAGGGGCCGAUUAAUAUUGUGGAGAUAGCUCGCACCUAUUGCAUCUUUGCAUGGGACACUCCUGAGAAUGACGGAGGUGUUCCAAUAAACAAUUAUGUUGUUGAGAUCAGAGACACCACAUCCCAAACAUGGACAGAGCUGUCUUCCACGGUCAUCCGUACUAUAUUCAAAGCCAUUCGCUUAAACACUGGAUCAGAGUACCAGUUCAGAGUGAAGGCUAAGAACAGAUAUGGGGUCGGACCUCCCAUUACCUCAUCGUCAGUGGUGGCUGCCUAUCCUUUCAAAGUCCCCGGGCCUCCUGGUACUCCUGGUGUUGUUGCAUUUACCAAGGACUCCAUAACAAUUGGCUGGAAUGAGCCUGUGGUUGAUGGUGGAAAUGAAGUAAUUGGUUAUCAUGUUGAGAGGAAGGAAAGAAGCAGCAUCAUGUGGCAGAAGAUCAGCAAGAGUCUUGUGAAAGGAAACCUAUUCAAAUCCUCAGGCCUUGAAGAUGGAGCCGCCUAUGAGUUCCGUGUCAUGGCUGAAAACAUGGCUGGAAUCGGUAAGCCUAGCAAGGCCUCAGAACCAAUACUUGCUUUGGACCCUGUAGACCCACCGGGUCAGCCUGAGCCAAUAUUUGUCAACAAAAAUGUCAUCUCCAUUCAGUGGACAAAGCCUGAGUAUGACGGUGGCUUCAAAAUCACUGGUUACACAGUGGAGAAGAAAGAACUGCCUGCUGGGCGAUGGAUCAGAGCCAACUUUACCAACAUCACUGAGACCACAUUCACAGUCAGUGGACUGAGUCAAGAUGUCUCCUAUGAGUUUCGUGUUAUAGCCAGAAACUCAUUGGGGGCAGUGAGCUUGCCCUCUGAGUCCUCAGACCCAAUUACCUGCAAAGAUGACAUAAUUGAGCCACGCAUUAUGGUUGAUGCCAUCUUUAAGGAUGUUGUUCUACUAAAGGCAGGAGAGUCCUUUAGGCUUGAUGCUGACAUUGCUGGUCAACCAACCCCAUCUAUGACUUGGACCAAGAAUGGAAAGGAAGUUGAGAACACAAUGAAACUAGAUGUGAAGUUCACAGAACUGACAACUACUCUGAGCAACAAGGACUCUAUUAGAUCAGACGGAGGUGAAUUUGUUUUGACUGCCACUAAUGUUGGUGGAUUUGCUAAGCACAUCUUUAACGUUAAAGUGUUUGACAGACCUGGACCACCAGUUGGACCUCUUGAGGUGUCCAAUAUCAACGCUGAUAACUGUGUGAUCACAUGGGCUCCACCAGCAGACGAUGGAGGUGCCAAGAUUGAAGGAUACGUGAUUGAGAAGCGUGAGUCAAGCAGACUAGUAUGGACCAAUGUUGUUUCAGACUUGCAAGUUACACAACAUAAGGUGACCAAGCUGCUCAAAGGAAAUGAAUAUAUCUUCAGAGUUAUGGCAGUAAACAAAUAUGGACUUGGCGAGUCUCUCGAAUCAGAACCUACUAUUGCAGACAACCCAUAUGUGGUUUCUGAUCCCCCAGGGAAUCCUGAGGUAACAGCUAUUACUAAAGAUUCAAUGUUUGUUAUGUGGCAAGCGCCUCUGAGUGAUGGUGGAACUCCCAUCAAUAACUACAACAUUGAAAGGAAGGACAAAAUAGGCCUCCGCUGGGUCAAAUGCAACAAAAGGAAGGUCAAAGAUCUGCAAUUUAAGGCAACAGGACUUGUUGUCGGACAUGAAUAUAAAUUCAGAAUUAUUGCUGAGAAUGCUGCUGGAGUGAGUGCUCCAAGUGUCUCGAGUCCAUUCUACACGGCCACUGAUGCACUGUAUAUACCAGGGGCCCCAUGCAACCCAAGAAUCUUGGACACAACCAAGUCUUCGAUCACUGUCGCCUGGAACAAACCCGUAUAUGAUGGUGGCUCUGACAUCACUGGCUACAUUGUGGAGACGUGCAUCCCAUCUGAAGAGGAGGAAUGGACCAUUGUUACACCCAAAGAAGGACUCACUGCCACCUCAUUCACCAUUCUUAACCUGAAAGAGAACCAGGAGUACAAGAUUAACAUAUCUGCCCUCAACAGUGAAGGAGUUGGAGAGGCAGCAUCUGUACCUGACAAUACCAAAGCAGAAGACAGGCUCCUGCCACCUGAGAUGGAGUUGGAUGCUGAGCUCCGCAAGGUUGUAAGUCUUCGAGCUUGCUGCUCACUCCGCCUGUUUGUGCCUAUCAAAGGUAGACCAGCUCCUCAGGCUACAUGGACCAAAGGAGAUGGUGAACGCAUCGAAAGGGCAACAAUUGACAGCACAACAUCAUACACCUCACUUGUAAUUGAAAAUGUCAACAGAUUUGACAGUGGAAAGUAUAAUCUUACAAUCGAAAACAGCUCUGGAUCCAAGACAGUGACAGUUCAAGUCAGGGUGCUUGACACACCAAGUGCCCCGCAGACUCUCAAGAUUACUGCUAUUACAAAGGAAUCUGUCACUCUGACUUGGGAGCCACCUACUAAUGAUGGAGGAGUUAAGGUUAAAAACUACAUUGUUGAAAAACGUGAGUCCACCAGGAAAGCAUACGCCACAGUCAGUGCUAACUGCCAUCACACCACCUUCAUAGUUGACCAGCUCUUGGAAGGAUGCAACUAUUAUUUCAGAGUUUUGGCUGAAAAUGAGUAUGGCAUUGGCCUGCCUAUUGAAUCUGGUGAAUCUGUUAAAGUGUCUGAGAAACCACAGCCACCCGGAAAAAUCUCUCUGAAGGACGUUACCAAGAGCAGUGUCACCCUCACCUGGGAGAAGCCUGCGCAUGAUGGUGGCAGCAGAGUGGGCUGCUAUGUUGUUGAGAUCCAGCCUAAGGGUGUCGAUAACUGGACCCAGUCAGUGAUUGUAAAGGAAACUGAAGCUACUAUUCUUGGACUCAAUGCAGGUGAAGAAUACAUGUUCCGUGUCGCAGCAAGGAAUGAGAAGGGAACAAGUGACCCACGACAGAUUGGUGUGCCUGUGAUUGUAAAAGAUCUUGUGUUUGCACCUGUUGCGAAGAUGUUGUUCAACACAUUCAGUGUGUUAGCAGGAGAAGACCUGACAGUAGAGAUUCCUUACGUUGCCCGUCCCAAAGCAGCUGUCUCCUGGCUAAAAGAUGGUCAGCCUCUGAAGAGAACUACCAGAAUAAACUUUAGUGCCACAGAAACAAUGUUGAACCUCAAGAUAAAAGAGGCUACCAGAUUUGAUGUUGGAAAGUAUCAUAUUACCAUUAGCAACGCAGCUGGAGAGACAACGGCGGACAUUGGCAUCGUUGUACUAGACAAACCAGGACAGCCGGGUGGUCCAGUAAAGUUGGAGGAGGUCACUUCUGACAGUGUAACCAUCUCCUGGAACCGACCAGAAUAUGAUGGUGGAUGCACAAUCAAACACUACAUUGUGGAAAAGAGAGACACGUCUGCUUCUGCUUGGAUGGUUGUUUCUCCUAACCUUGCUCGGACCAAAACAAAGGCAGGGAGGUUGAAGACUGGUUCUGAGUAUCAAUUUAGAAUCACAGCAGAAAACAGAUAUGGUAAAGGCCCAGCACUUCUCUCGGAGUGCAUUGUAGCUCAAUACCCAUACAAGCUCCCAGGACCACCAGGUACACCGUCCAUUGCAGUCUGCAACAAGGACAGCAUGGUGGUGGCCUGGAAUGAACCUGUCAAUGAUGGUGGCAGCAGCAUCUUGGGUUAUCAUCUAGAACGCAAAGAGAGAAACAGCAUCCUUUGGGUCAAACUUAACAAGUCUCUUAUUACUGACCAAACCUUCAAGACUGCUGAUCUUGAACCAGGCAUGGAAUAUGAAUACAGAGUUUAUGCAGAAAACAUUGUCGGAACCGGCAAAGCGAGCAAAGUAUCUGAGGGAAGGGUUGCCAGAGAUCCAUGUGAUCCCCCUGGGACACCAGAAGCCUCACAUAUCACAAAGGAAUCCAUUACCAUUGUCUGGGAAAAGCCUGAAUAUGAUGGUGGUGCAAAGGUUACUGGUUACGUGGUGGAAAAGAAGGAGCUUCCUGAAGGUCGAUGGCUGAAGGCCAACUUCACCAAUGUGAUUGAGACAGAGUACGUUGCAACUGGACUUAUAAUGAACCAUCAGUAUGAAUUCCGUGUCAUUGCCAGAAAUGCUGCUGGUGUUUUCAGUAUGCCCUCUUACAGCACCGGUCCUAUUACUGCCAUGGAUGAAAUUGAACCACCCCACUUCAGCAUUGACCCAGAGUACACACAGACUCUUUUAGUUAAUGCCGGAGAUAACUUCAAGAUUGAUGCUGAUGUUCAUGGCAAACCAUUGCCGUCUAUCCACUGGAUGAAGGGAGAGCAGGAGUUGGGCAACACUAUUCAUAGACAAAUUAAUAACACACCCACCAAAGCUUAUAUAUCUGUCAAGGAAGCUAAACUUUCAGAUGGAGGUCCAUACACUCUGCUGCUGAAAAAUCCGGGAGGAGAAAAGGUUGUACAGGUCAAUAUUGUUGUCCUAGAUAAACCUAGCGAACCACAAGGACCUUUUGUUGUCACAGGAAUAACCAAAGACCGAUGCUGCCUUGCAUGGAAACCACCACUAGAAGACGGUGGCAGCAAGAUCUCUCACUACGUUGUAAAGAGAAGAGAGACAAGCAGGCUGGUCUGGACUGUCGUUGAUCCAAAAGUUGAGAACAUUUGUUUGAAGGUCACAAAGCUCUUGGAAGGAAACGAGUACAUCUUCAGAGUCCAGGCUGUCAACCAGUUUGGAGUUGGAGCACCACUUGAGUCUGCACCUACAGUAAUUAUAGAUCCAUUUACGGUGCCUGGAACACCCAAGAGCUUGGAAGUUUCAGAUAUUAAGAAGGAUUCAAUGGUGCUCAGCUGGGAGCCUCCUUCUGAAGACGGAGGCAGUCCUAUCACUGGAUACAUAAUUGAGAAACAUGACAAAGAAGGGGUAAGAUGGACCAGAUGUAACAGGAAAACCGUCACUGACUUGACUUUCAAGGUCACUGGACUCAUGGAAGGCCAUAUUUACGAAUUCAGAGUUGUUGCUGACAAUGUGGUUGGUGUUGGUGAGCCAAGCUCCCCAACUGUGUUCUUCAAAGCACUUGAUCCCAUCUUCAGGCCCGGCCCACCACAUAAUCCAAGAGUCACUGACACAACUAAGACAUCAGUAUUCCUGUCAUGGAGCAAGCCUGUCUGUGAUGGAGGCAGUGAGAUUCAGGGAUACGUUGUUGAGUGUUGCCCUACCACAGAGUCACCGGUGCAAGCAGUGGCUCCUGCUGAAGCCCCGGCGGAAGUCCUAGCUGCUGAGGCAUCCGACAUGGAUGUCCCUACCGAGGAAUGGAAAAUGUGUACACCUCCAACAGGUGUUAAGAAGACCAAGUUUGAAGUUGUAAACCUGAAAGAAAACCAGGCGUACAAGUUUAGAGUAUGUGCCAUCAACAAAGUUGGAAUUGGUGAGAAUGUUGAUUUUUCUGGAGCUAUUGUUGCCCAGGACAGGGCAGAGGAGCCAGACCUGGACAUUGACCCAGAACUGAGAAAGAUUGUGACUAUUAAAGCUGGAGCUUCUCUUAGGCUGUUUAUUCCUAUCAAAGGAAGGCCCGCUCCUACCAUAAAAUGGGACAAAGAUGAAGCUGCACUUAAAGAGACAGCCCAAGUGGAGGUGACCAGCAGUUACUCAUCCCUUGUAAUUGACAAGUUGAGCAGAAAUGACAGUGGAAAAUACACCAUCACUGCAGAGAACACCAGUGGAACGAAAUCCGCAUUUGUGGUUGUCCGUGUUCUGGACACACCUAGUGACCCUGUCAACUUGAAAGUGAAAGAGAUAACCAACCAGUCGGUGACACUUGUAUGGGAACCACCUCUGUUGGAUGGUGGGUCCAAGAUCAAGAACUACAUUAUUGAAAAGAGAGAGAGCACACGCAAGACUUACGCAGCUGUCGUAACAAAUUGUCAUGCUCUUUCAUUUAAGAUUGAUUCUCUCCAGGAGGGUUGUAGUUAUUAUUUCCGAGUUCUUGCAGAGAAUGAACAUGGUGUCGGCCUGCCUGUGGCAACUGUCGAUCCUCUUAAGGUGUCAGAGGUGCCCCAAUCUCCAAAGACCUUGAUUGUUACAGAUCAAACUAAAACAAGCAUUUCUUUGGCUUGGGAGAAGCCUGAGUAUGAUGGUGGUAGCAGAAUUAUUCAAUACCUGCUCGAGGUGCAACUUAAGGGCCAGGAAAAGUGGUCUGGUGUCAACACAUUUAAGACAAUGGAGACUACGGUAACUAAACUGAACCCAGGAGAGGAGUAUGUAUUUAGAGUUAUAGCAAUAAAUGACAAGGGAAAGAGCGACCCCAAAGUCCUUGCUGGUCCAGUGAUAACCAAAGACUUGGUCUAUGAGCCAGAUGUUCGGCCAGCAUUUAGCAGCUACAGUGUAAAAUUGGGAAAAGACCUGAACAUUGACAUUCUCUUCUUUGGAAGACCUAAACCAACUGUCUCAUGGACAAAAGAUGGAGCCUCUUUGAAGUUUACUACCAGAGUCAACAUUCACAACACACUAACGCAUACAACCCUGAGCAUUAAGGAGGCAGCAGGUGAUGAUGGUGGCAUGUACAGUAUACAUGUUGCUAACCCAGCUGGAAAGAAAGACACAACAGUUGAAAUUAUUGUACUUGACAAGCCCAGCUCCUUCGGCCCUAUGAGGUUCGAAGAAAUCACCACCACAGAGUAUCACUCUUUCAUGGGAUCCACAAAGCACAAUGGAGGAUGCCAGAUUUCUCUUUACAUCGUACAGAAGAGAGAUACUACUUCAACAACAUGGGAAAAUGUCAGCAUCAACUACGCCAGAACAACCAUUAAAGUGCCCAGACUGAAGGCUGGAGCCGAGUACCAGUUUAGAAUCAUUGCUCAGAACCGCUAUGGCAAGAGCCAUGGGCUGGACUCAUCAUGUGUGGUGGCUCAGUACCCAUACAAAGAGCCAGGCCCACCAGGCACCCCCUUCAUCUCAUCUCUAUCUAGAGACCACCAGAUUGUUGAGUGGCACGAGCCUGUCCAAGAUGGAGGCAGCACUAUUCUGGGCUACCAUCUCGAAAGGAAAGAGAGGAAUAGCAUCCUCUGGAUCAAGAUCAACAAGACACUUAUCCACGAGACUGUUUUCAAGAGUCAACCCCUGGAAGAGGGUGUUGAGUAUGAGUACCGGGUUUAUGCUGAAAACAUCGUUGGCAUUGGCAGGUGUAGCAAGGUCUCAGAGGGCUUUGUUGCUCGUGACCAAUGUGAUCCUCCGGGUACACCAGAGGCCGUCCGUGUGACCAAGGACACAAUUGUUAUCCAGUGGACCAAACCAGAGUACGAUGGUGGCAGUAACAUAACUGGCUAUACUGUGGAGAGGCGUGAUCUGCCAGAGGGAAGGUGGAUAAGAGCGAACUUCACUAAUGUGAUUGAGACCAAGUUCACUGUCACUGGUCUGACUGAAAUGGCACAGUAUGACUUCAGAGUCAUUGCUAAAAAUGCAGUAGGCACCGUCAGUAAGCCGUCCUACAACAGCGGACCAAUUACUGUAAGUGAUGAGUGGGAAGCACCGAAAUUCUCCUUUGACCCAGCAUUCAUCAAGACCAUUACCAUCAACGCCGGAGAGACCUUCAAGCUGGAUGCUGAUGUCCACGGCAAGCCGCUACCUACAAUCCAGUGGUACAAGGAUGAAAAACCAAUCGAGAAUACACUCAGACUAGAGAUUAAAAACACAAAUAACCGUGCUAUGAUUGUCAUUAAGGACUCUGUUAGAAUUGAUGGUGGCUGUUACACACUCCAGCUUACAAAUGUGGCUGGCAUUGAAACGGUUCCAUUCCAGGUUGUAGUCCUGGACAGGCCUAGCCAAUGCAAAGGACCCCUCCACAUCGCUGCAGUAGCUCAAGAUAGAUGCACACUGGUAUGGAAUGCCCCUCUUCACGACGGAGGUAGUCCUAUUAAGCACUAUUUAAUCGAGAGACGAGAGACCAGCCGUCUAGCUUGGACUGUUGUUUGCCACAGCUGUGAAACUACAUGCUACAAAGUCACCAAACUGCUGGAAGGCAAUGAGUAUAUAUUCCGUGUCAUGGCAGUCAACAGUUUUGGUGUCAGUGAGCCACUGGAGUCUAGUGGAGUGGUUAUGAAGACUCCAUUUGUUCCUCCUGGUUCACCUCAUAUUGAGGAUGUAUCCAACAUUGCUCAUGAUGGUAUGACCGUUACUUGGUCCGCCCCUGACACUGAUGGUGGCAGUGAGAUUACUAAUUACAUUAUUGAAAAGAAGGACAGAAAUGGAAUAAAAUGGACAAGAUGCAACAGACAGAAAGUCACUGAUCUCUCCUUUAGAGCUACAGGCCUAACCACCAACCAUGAAUAUGAAUUCAGAGUUGCUGCUGAGAACGUAGUUGGAGCAGGAGAACCAAGCCUUCCAAGUUCAUACUACAAGGCCAGUGAUCCUAAGUACAAGCCUGGUAGCCCAGCAUAUGUGAAUGUGAUUGACUCCACAAAUAGUUCCAUUACAGUGUCAUGGGGUAAGCCUCUGUCUGACGGCGGCAGCACCAUUCAAGGGUACAUUGUUGAAGUCUGCAAGGCUGAGGAGGAGGAAUGGACCAUGGUUACACCCGCCACUGGCCUGCGCGUCAACAAGUAUGAAAUUACCAAACUGACUGAGGGUCAGGAGUACAAGUUACAGGUGUGUGCUUUGAACAAGUUGGGGGUUGGUGAGCCAGCAGCUCUCUCUGGAACAGCUAGGCCAGAGGAAAGGUUGGAGCCACCACAGAUCCACCUAGACUCUGAGCUGAGGAAGGGCAUCACAGUGAAAGCCGGUGGAUCUGUUAGAGUCCAUAUUCCCUUCAAGGGCAGGCCAACCCCUGAGAUUAAGUGGACUAAGGAUGAGGGAGAGUUGACUGAAAAAGCGGUGGUUGAGAAAGCUCUCAACUUUACACACUUGUCCAUUGACUCCUGUGACAGGAGCGACUCUGGAAAAUAUACUCUUAGCCUGACCAACAGCAGUGGGACUGUAUCCGAGUUUGUUGCUGUGAAAGUCCUGGACACACCUGGAUCCCCACAGAAACUUGUGGUCAAAGAAGUCAAAAAGGACUGUGUCACUCUUGUAUGGGAUGCACCGCUGAUUGAUGGAGGUUCCAAAAUCAAGAACUAUGUCAUUGACAAACGUGAAUCAACCAGAAAGACAUAUGCAAAUGUUUCGACCAAAUGCACCAAGACCACAUUCAAAGUGGAGAACUUGGUUGAAGGUGCUAUGUACUACUUCAGGGUAAUGGCUGAGAAUGACUAUGGAAUCGGACAGGCUGUUGAAACAAAGGCAGCUUUCAAGGCCUCCGAAGUACCACUGCCUGUUGGAAAAAUCUCCGUCACUGAUGUCACCAAGGCCACUAUCUCACUAGCUUGGGAAAAACCUGAACAUGAUGGCGGCAGUAGGAUUGGAGGCUACCUGAUUGAGAUGCAACCCAAGGGUACAGAAAAGUGGGUAGUUGCAACAAAUACAAAGACAUGCGACGGCACUGUCACGGGCCUCACAGCAGGAACAGAAUACUUAUUCCGUAUCAUUGCUUACAAUGAGAAGGGCAAAAGUGAACCAAUGGCACUGGCUGCACCCGUUGUUGCAAAUGAUAUAUCCAUGGAGCCCAAUGUUACCAUGCAAUUUAACACCUACAGUGUAUUAGCUGGAAAGGACUUGAAGCUGGAGUUCCCUUUGCUUGGCAGACCCAAACCUAGAGUCUCCUGGUCCAAAGAUGGUCAGCCUUUAAAGGUGACAUCGAGAAUCAAUGUCGUAAACAAGCCAACAACAACUGGAAUUCAAAUUACUGAGGCAUGUAAGGACGACUUUGGAAAAUAUUCCAUCGUAGCAACCAAUAGUGCCAGCACGAUCACUAAGGAUGUGUUUAUCAUUAUUCUGGACAAGCCUGGUCAACCGAAAGGUCCAGUAAAGGUUGUUGAAGUGACCAACACCUUUGUUCAUCUCUCCUGGGAGCCACCCGUGUACCUGGGUGGAUGCCAGAUAAAGAACUAUAUUGUGGAGAAAAGGGACACCACCACCCAAACAUGGCAGUCAGUCACCACGCAGCUUGCUAGAACAGCGUUCAAGGUCACCAAGCUGAAGACUGGUGCAGAAUACCAGUUCAGAAUCAUAGCUGAAAACAGAUAUGGAAAAGGUGUAUCUCUUGACUCCAAGUCCGUUGUUGUUCAGUAUCCAUACAAACCACCAGGGCCUCCAGGAACACCAUAUGUCAAAUCUGCAUCAAAGGAUAUGAUGAUCAUUGAAUGGAAUGAACCAGUAAAUGAUGGUGGAAGUACAGUUAUUGGCUAUCAUCUAGAAAGCAAGGAGAGAAGCAGCAUCAUGUGGAACAAAUUGAACAAGAUCCUCAUCAACGAUACUCAGUUCAAGAUCUCCAAUCUAGAGGAGGGUAUUGGCUAUGAAUUUAGAGUUUAUGCUGAAAAUAUUGUUGGCAUUGGCAGGUGCAGUAAAGUCUCUGAGUCCUUUGUUGCUCGGGACCCAUGUGAUCCUCCUGGUGCUCCUGAAGCUGUAUCUAUUUCUAAGACCAUAAUCAAGAUUCAGUGGACCAAGCCUCAGUAUGAUGGUGGCAGCAAAGUGAAUGGAUAUAUUGUGGAAAGGAAAGAUCUUUCCUCCCCUGAUGGACACUGGGUAAGAGCUAAUUUCACCAAUAUAAUUGAAACUGAGUAUACCAUCACUGGCCUGACAGAGAAUGAACAAUAUGAAUUCAGAGUUAUUGCAAGAAAUGCAGCCGGAGUCUACAGCGUGCAAUCCGACAGCUCUGGUCCUAUUACUGCUACUGAUGAAAUUGAACCACCAAGAGCUUCAAUGGAUCCUAAAUACAAGGAUGUUAUUGUUAUCAAUGCUGGAGAACACUUGCUUCUGGAUGCUGACAUCUAUGGAAAACCAAUUCCAGAUGUUGCCUGGCUAAAAGAGGGAAAGGAAAUGGACAAAGCCCUACGCAUUGAAGUGAAAACUACACAGAAACGAGCAGCCAUGACCAUUAAGGAUGUGACCAAGCUUGACAGUGGCCACUAUGACCUCGUCCUCAAAAAUUUAGGUGGUACAAAAACCUUCCCUAUCACUGUUAAAGUCCUUGAUAAAGCAGGUCCACCUGCUGGACCUCUGCGAGUGACAGGAAUCAUGGCUGACAGGUGCGUCCUUUCCUGGGCUGAACCAACUCUGAAUGGCGGGGGCGGUAUUACUCACUAUAUCCUGGAGAAGAGAGAGACUAGCAGGUUGUCAUGGACAGUAGCUGCACCAAAUGUCAAGGUCUGUACCAUAAAAUGAUGAAUUUUGCUUCCUGGGAACGAAUACAUUUUCAGGGUCAAGGCAGUCAACAAAUAUGGUGUGGGCGAAUGUCUCGAGAGUAAAGCCAUCACUGCACGCAAUCCUUACAAGCCACCCAGUGCUCCUGGAACUCCAGAAGCAAGUCGGAUCACAAAGGAAUCCAUGCUUCUGUCAUGGACGGCUCCAGAACAGACUGGCGGAGCUGAAAUUGAAGGCUACCACCUUGAAAAACGUGACAAAGAUAGUGUGAGGUGGACCAAAUGCAACAGACAAAAGCUGACUGACAACCACUUCAACGUCACAGGUCUGAUGACCGACCACUUCUAUGAGUACCGUGUCGCUGCUGAAAACAAGGCUGGAAUAGGAGACGUUAGUGAAUUGUCCAUGCUUCAUAGAGCUUGUGAUGCCACAACACCACCUGGACCUCCACACCAUCCUAAAGUGAUGGACUACACUAAGUCUUCUGUGUCUCUGUCCUGGGGCAAACCCGACUUUGAUGGUGGUGCCUAUGUAAAGGGCUACAUCGUUGAAAUGAGGGAGUAUACACCAGUGACCGACGAAGCAGAAGAGGCGGAGGUAGCACCUACAAUAGAUGCACCAGUUGAAAACAAAUGGACCAUGUGUACUCCACCCACUGGCACACAAGCCACUAAACUCACCAUCACAACUCUGAAGGAGGGCGGAGAGUACCAGUUCCGCGUCUGUGCGAUCAACUCAGAGGGAGUGGGGGAGGCCGCUAAUGUCCAAAGCACCGUGGUUACUUCUGACAGGGUGGAAGCACCGGAGAUCGAGCUGGACGCUGAUCUCAGGAAGGUGGUGUCUCUCCGCGCAGGUGGAACUCUGCGUCUCUUCGUCUCCAUCAGGGGAAGGCCGGAACCGGCUGUGAAAUGGGAGAAAGUUGAUGGUACUCUUACAGAGCGUGCUGGAAUUGACACUACCAGUUCAUAUACCAUGCUUGUCAUUGAUAAUGUUAACCGCUUUGAUAGCGGUAAAUACUCACUCACACUAGCAAACAGCAGUGGGGAAAAAUCUGCCAUCGUUGCAGUUAGAAUUUUGGAUACACCAAGUUCACCUGAAAAGUUUUCUGUGAAGGAGCUUAAGAAGGAUUCGGUGACUCUCGUCUGGGAUACGCCACUUACUGAUGGUGGUUCUAAAAUCACAAACUACAUUGUAGAGAAAAGAGAGUCUGUCAGGAAGGCCUAUACCACUGUAACAAGCAACUGCUUGGUCAAUUCAUACAAGAUUGAAGAGCUGCCUGAAGGUGGAACGUUCUACUUUAGAGUCUGUGCCGUUAAUAAAUAUGGCCAAGGACAGAUGGUUGAAACCAAGGAAAUCAAAGUGUCUGAGGUACCGCUGCCACCAAGCAAGGUUCGGGUUGUAGAUUUGACAAAGACCAGCGUGACACUGACAUGGGACAAACCUGCUCAUGAUGGUGGAAGUAAAGUUAUGUGCUACAAUGUAGAAUUCAAGCCCAAAAGUGGAGAUAAAUGGGGCACAGCAUGCACAGUUAAGGUAACUGAAGCAACGAUUCCUAACCUGACUCCUAAUGAAACCUAUUUAUUCAGACUUGUUGCAAUCAAUGAGAAGGGAAAGAGUGAGCCAAGGGAUCUUGGUUUGCCUGUGGUCGCAAAGGAUGUUGCUAUUGAACCAUCAGUCAACUUACUCUUUACCACGUACAGUGUGAAGGCUGGAGGUGACCUUACUUUUGAGGUUGCAGUUAGAGGCAGACCUAAGCCUGUUGUGUCCUGGAAGAAGGAUGGCCUUCCUUUGAAACAAACAUCAUCAGUUACUAUCUUAAACAGUCUGACUUUGUCCAAAAUUAUCAUCAAAGAGGCUGGUAGAGAACAUGUUGGCAAGUAUGAGAUCACCCUGGCAAACACAGGAGGAACUGUCACAGCGGAUAUUGGAGUUGUUGUCCUUGAUAAACCAGGUGCACCUAAAGGUGUCAAGGUGGAUUCGGUGACAUCCGACAGCAUCACACUGUCCUGGUCUCCUCCAGAUUAUGAUGGUGGCUGCUGCAUUAGUAACUAUAUUGUGGAGAAGAGAGACACAAAUAGCCAAGAAUGGCAGAUGGUGGCAAAUAAUGUUGCCCGAACGUCUUUUAAGGCUGGCCGCCUGACACAUGGAGCAGAGUACCAAUUCCGUAUUUAUGCUGUCAACCGUUAUGGAAAGAGUACAUAUUUGGACUCACCUGGAAUCACUGCUCAGUAUAACUUCAAACAACCUGGACCUCCUUCCACACCUAUAGUGAAGUUGGCCACCAAGUCCUACAUGUUGGUGACUUGGAAUGAGCCAGUCAUUGAUGGUGGAAGCCCAGUUCUGGGGUACCAUCUGGAGAGGAAGGAGCGUACUAGUAUUCUCUGGACAAAGAUUAACAGAGGAAUGAUCAAAGACACAGAAUAUAAAGUCAAUGGAAUUGAAGAGGGCAUGAUGUAUGAAUACCGUCUCUAUGCUGAAAAUAUUGCUGGUAUUGGUAAAUGCAGCAAGGCCUGUGAAGCUGUGGCAGCCAGAGAUCCUUGUGACCCGCCAGGCACACCUGUGGUCACUAGUGUCACCAGAACAUCUGUCUCCCUGUCUUGGGAUAAACCAGGGUAUGAUGGUGGAGCCAAGGUUUCUGGCUACACCAUUGAACGUAGAGACCUUCCGGAAGGACGAUGGACAAGAUGCAACUUCACCAACGUGCCCGAGACCCACUAUGAUGCAACGGGCCUCACGGAGAGUAGUCAGUAUGACUUCCGUGUUAUUGCUAAGAAUGCAGCUGGAUUGUUCAGUGAACCAUCUGACAACACUGGCCCCAUCACGGUCAAGGAUGAUGUGGAUCCACCACGCAUCAUGAUGGAUGUCAAGUUCAGAGAGACAUUGCUUGUGAAAGCAGGAGAAACUCUGAAGAUUAAUGCAGACCUUGCUGGACGUCCCGCCCCUGUCGUUUCCUGGACCAAGGACGGGAAAGAGAUUGAGCUGAGAGCCAGGAUCCAGAUUGUUUCCACAGAUACCAGCACUUCUGUCAUUGUGAAGGAUAGCAUCAGAAAAGAUUCCGGACAGUACGUUCUGACUCUACAGAAUAUCGGCGGAACAGUUAACAUGCCAAUAAACUGCAUGAUUCUAGAUAAGCCCGGACCCUCAGCAGGCCCUCUGCAGAUCACAAGUCUCACAGCUGACACGUGCACUCUGUCAUGGGGUUCUCCUCAGGAAACCGGCGGUGCUGAAAUCACACAUUACAUUGUUGAGAAACGUGAGACCAGCCGCUUGGCAUGGACAGUGGUGAAAGGAGAUGUCACAAAAACGUACCUCAAAGUCACAGGACUGCUCAAGGGAAACGAAUAUAUCUUCAGGGUUUUGGCUGUCAACAAGCACGGACCUGGUGAGGCUCUGGAAUGUGAUGCUGUAAAGAUAACAGAUCCAUACACGCUUCCCACUGCUCCAACUAACGUGGAUGUCACUGCCAUAAGCGGUGAUUCAAUGACCCUCACCUGGCUCAAGCCAGUCAGCAAUGGAGGAAGCCCCAUCACAGGAUAUGUGAUUGAGCGCCGUGAGAAGACUGGUAUGCGCUGGAUCCGUGUGAACAAAAAUCCAGUGGUUGAAUGUACCGCAAUCGCAACCAAACUGCGGAAGGGUUGUGAAUACGACUUCAGAGUCUAUGCAGAGAAUGUAGCUGGUUUGAGUCCUCCCAGUGAACGCUCUGCAUCGUUCAGAGCAGUCGAUCCUCUGGUCGUUGCCUCCCGCCCAACAAAGCCAAAGAUUGUCAGCUCAACCAAGGACAGUGUGUCCAUUGCCUGGAAACUACCCAGACAGGAUGGUGGUACUCCGAUCCUUGGAUACAGUGUAGAAUACAGAGAGUACAUCCGCAAACCAGAGCCAGAGGUUGUUGAAGAGGAAGAAUAUGAAGAGGAAUAUGAGGAGGAGGAGGAGGAGGAGGAGGCGGAGGAAGAGGAGGUAACCGAAACAGCCGAAGAACUUGCAAGAUGGGUUGAGGCUAUCCCUCUUACCAAGAGCACAGAAUUCACAAUCACUGGACUGAAGACAGAUGCAGAAUAUGAAUUCUGUGUCAAGGCAAUUAACAAAGUUGGCAGCAGUAUGCGUAGCCUGUAUUCAGACGCAGCCACAGCAAUGGACAGAACUGCAGAGCCAUCAUUUGAUGUUGACAUAGAGAUGCGUAAAGUACUUAUUGUCAAGCAUGGCACAGCAUUUACUCUCAGGGUACCAUUCAAGGGGAAACCCGUUCCAUCGGUGGCAUGGGCAAAAGAGGGCGUUGAUUUAAAGGUCAGAGGAACCAUUGAAUCAACAGAGUCAAGCACUUCACUGACCAUCGAAAAGUCAUCCAGAAACGAAUCUGGUCAGUACUGCGUCACCAUUGAAUCACCACUGGGAUCCGCGACACUGCCCAUGGUCGUCACAGUGCUUGACUCGCCCGGACCUCCUGUCAACGUUAAAGUUUCAGCAGUGACCAGGGAUUCAGCAACCCUCAGUUGGGAAGCACCAGAGAAUGAUGGGGGUGAUGCAGUGAAGGCCUACCAUGUUGAAAAGCGCGAGGCCAGUAAGAAGGCAUGGGUGUCAGUGACCAGCAACUGCCACGCAUUGACAUUUACAGUGAAAGACCUGCAGGAGGGAGCCAUGUAUUACUUCAGAGUUAUUGGAGAAAACGAGCAUGGAGUUGGUGUUCCUCAGGAGGCCAAGGCUGCAACAAAAAUCACAGAGGUACCAAGUAUACCAAUGAAACUUGGAGUUGCAAAUGUUACCAAGGACAGCGUUACAAUUGCCUGGACAAGACCGGAAUACGAUGGCGGCAGCAGAGUCACCGGUUACCUCAUUGAUGCCCUGGAGAAGGGACAGACCAAGUGGGUGAAGUGUGCCACUGCGAAGACAAUGAGCCACACCAUUAAAAACCUGAGGGAGUGUGCAGAGUACUAUUUCAGAGUCCGUGCCGAGAACCAUGCGGGACUCAGUGAACCAAAGGAGAUGAUUGUACCAGUUAUCGUCAAGGAAAUACACGAGGCUCCUGAAUUUGACCUGAAGAAUUACCCCAAGAACACAGUCUAUGUGAGAGCGGGAUCCAACCUUACCUUUGAGAUUCCUCUUAAUGCCAGGCCCAUGGCUAAAGUCACUGUGUCCAGAAACAAUGUUGUCAUCAAGGGAUCCAAGAGGCUGCUAACUGUAGUAACUCCAGACAGCCUAAUCAUAACUCUAAAUGAGAGCAUUGCAACUGACGCUGGCAAAUAUGAAGUCACUGCCUCUAAUGACGGAGGUACCACCAAGAUCUUCCUGAUCUUUGUUGUGAUGGACAGACCCGGACCUCCCAUUGGUCCGAUCGAGGUUGGUGAGGUCGGAGAAACCACAGUAUGUCUGAAAUGGGCGGUUCCAGAGUAUGACGGUGGCAGUCCUGUUACCAACUACAUUGUUCUCAAACGUGAAACCAGCACUCCCAACUGGGCAGAGGUGUCAACUAGCAUUGCCAGAAGUUCAAUCAAGGUGACUAAACUGACCAAGGGAGAGGAGUAUCAGUUCAGGAUCAAGGCUGAGAACCGUUUCGGUGUCAGUGACCACAUUGACACUAAGCCAAUCAUGAUCAAGCUUCCAUACACCAUCCCGGGGCCUCCAUCCACACCAUGGCUCGACUUUGUAUCCAGAGAGAGCUUCACGGUCUGCUGGAAUGAGCCGGUCAAUGAUGGUGGAAACACUGUGAUUGGAUAUCAUCUCCAGAUGAAGGAAAGGAGCAGCAUCCUCUGGCAGAAAGUCAAUAAGACACCAAUCUCAGGAAACCAGUGGCGAGUCACAAACAUCUGCCCAGGCCUCAUCUAUGAAUUCAAGGUGGCAGCUGAAAAUGCCGCCGGUAUUGGAAAGUUGAGCAAGACCUCUGAAGAGGUUCUUGCUAUUGAUGCCUGUGAGCCUCCAGCAAAUGUCCACAUCUCAGAAGUUACCAAGAACUCGAUCAAACUGGCCUGGCAGAGGCCUCCAUACGACGGUGGCAGCAAGAUUACCGGCUACAGUGUGGAGAGGAGGGAAGCAUCCAGUGGCAGAUGGGUGAAGGCCAACUUCACAAACAUUAUUGAGCUGGGCUUCAAGGUUUCUGGACUGAACCAGGACGAGACUUAUGAGUUCAGGGUAUACGCCAAGAAUGCUGUCGGGUCCGUCAGCAACCCAUCUCUCAUCGCUGGCCCAGUCACUUGUGUUGACGCAUGUGGUGCCCCUGUCAUUGACCUUCCUCCAGAGUAUCUGGACGUGGUUCAGUUCAAGGCAGGAGUUUCAGUCAAGCUCAGAGUUGGAAUCAUCGCCGAACCUUUGCCGACCAUCGAGUGGCUCAAAGACGGAAAGGAGCUUGUGACAUCUUCUCAACUGUCUGUUGAAAGCACCACUGACUCUUCUGCUGUGCUGAUCAAGGAUGCAGCUCGCUUUGACACCGGCUCAUAUGACAUCAAGAUCAAGAAUGUUCUGGGCUCAGCAUCUGCAACUAUAAGGAUUGAAAUCCUAGACAAACCCGGACCUCCUGCUGGCACCAUUGUAUUCAACUCCAUCACAGAAGACAAGAUAACUUUCAGCUGGCAGCCUGUGCCUGAGUCCGACCAGGGGGGUUUCAAGGUGACCCACUACAUCGUUGAGAGGCGUGAAACCAGCAGAGUAGUCUGGUCGACAAUUUCGGAGGAGCAUGUGGAGACUUACGUCACUGCCAGCAAGCUGCUGCGUGGAAACGAGUAUGUGUUCCGUGUGAUGGCCGUUAAUAAGUACGGAGUUGGAGAGCCACUGGUGUCGGAACCUGUCAUCGCAAAGAACGCCUUCGUAACUCCUGGACAGCCUCGUACUCCUGAGGUCAACACCAUAACCAAGUCCACCAUGGUGGUGGAAUGGGACAAACCAGGUGUAGACGGAGGGAGCGAUGUGAUGGGCUACUACCUGGAGAGACGGGACAAGAAGAGCUUGCGCUGGAUCCGAGUUUACAAAGACCCCGUCACUGGCAUCAAACAGACCGUCUACCAUCUAACAGAAGGAAACGAGUACCAAUAUCGCAUCUGUGCCAUUAACAAGGCCGGAGAGGGACCAUUCUCCGAUGCGUCAGACUACUACAAGGCUGCCGACCCAGUGGAUCCACCAGAUGAGCCUUGCAAGCUGAAGGUGAUGGACUCCACCAAGACCUCCAUCACCUUGGGCUGGUCCACGCCAGAAUGGGAUGGAGGCAGUGAGGUCACAUGCUACAUGGUGGAGAAGCUUGUAGAGGGAGAGACAGAAUGGGCCAUGGUUACCUCCAGGGGAGAGGUCAAGACCACAGAAUACACAGUCCACGACCUAAAACCAAACGUCAACUACUUCUUCAGAGUCUCUGCUGUCAACUGUGCUGGCCAUGGAGAGUCUCUGGCGAUGAUGGAGCCAACACAAGCCAAGGAUAUCCUGGAGGAGGCCCAGAUCGACUCAGAUGUGGCUAUGAGAACACACUAUAUUGUGAAGGCUGGCAAGGAUGUGGAGCUGUCGGUUCCUCUGAAGGGCAGACCUGCUCCCAGUGCUUCCUGGAGUAAGGGAGAAGAAUGCAUUGAUCAUGACCCCAAAUAUGAGUUCCACCACUCAGACACUGCUACGGUUCUUGUUAUGCGUGAGGUGACCAAACUGGACACUGGAAAGUACACUGUGAAGAUCGAGAAUGGUGUCGGAGAGCCGAAGUUGCUAACCCUGCACGUGAAGGUUCAGGAUACUCCAGCUCACUGCAGGAACCUGGUCCUUAAGGAUGUGACCCGUGGGCUAGUCACUCUGUGCUGGGAGGCUCCACUUCUUGACGGCGGUGCUGAGAUCACAAACUACAUUGUUGAGAAGAGGGACUCCUCCAAGAGAUCCUACUCUGCAGUGACAAGCAAAUGCACGGACACCACAUACACCAUUGAAGACCUCUCAGAGAAGACAUCCUUCUUCUUCCGCGUGUUGGCAGAGAAUGAGAACGGUGUUGGAGAUCCGUGUGAAACACUUGAGCCUGUGAAGGCAACAGAGACUCCAGGACCAGUCAAAGAGAUUUCUAUGAAGGAUUCAUCUAAGACCUCUGUCACUCUGCAGUGGCUUAAGCCUGACUACGAUGGCGGCAGCAUUAUCUCUGACUAUGUCAUUGAGCAGAAGCUGAAGGAUGGGGAUUGGUCAAUGGCAGGAACGAGCCGACAGUGUGAGUUUGAAGUCAAGAAACUCAAGGAGCACUCAGAAGUAUUAUUUAGAGUUGCUGCAAGGAAUGAGAAGGGUAAGAGUGACUUUGUUGGGAUUGGGCCUAUCAAGGUUAUUGACUACAUCAUCACACCUGAGGCAAACCUUGCAGAGUACCCAAGUGGCCGCCUCAAUGUUCGUCUGGGUCACAAUGUGCACAUUGAGCUGCCAUACGUAGGUAAACCCAAACCUUCUAUCCUGUGGCUGAAGGACAACCUGCCUCUGAAGGAGAGCGACGUAAUCCGCUUCAAAAAGACCGACAACAAAGCCACUCUAAUGAUCAAGAAUGUAACCAAGGAGAACGAGGGUAAAUACACUCUGACUCUUGACAAUACAAUCAGUAGGAAAUCAUUCCACAUCCAUGUCGUCACACUUGGACCUCCAUCAAAGCCUGUUGGACCCAUCCGCCUGGAUGAAGUGAGAGCUGAGAGCAUCAUGAUCUCCUGGGAUGAACCCAACGACGACGGUGGUGGAGAUAUCUCCUGCUACGCCAUAGAGAAACGUGAUGCCACCCAGUCCAACUGGAAGAUGGUCUGCUCAAGUGUGGAAGAUACUCAGUUCAAGGUCCCCAACUUGAUCAAGGGUGUCCAAUACCAGUUUAGAGUUUGUGCUGAGAACAGAUACGGAGUCAGCGACCCUCUCAUCUCCCAGAUGGUCAUUGCCAAGCACCAGUUCAGGCCUCCAGGCCCCCCAGGCAAGCCCGUUGUGUACAACGUCACAAACGAUGGCAUGACCAUCCAGUGGGAGCAGCCCAUCUAUGAUGGUGGUACCCCCAUCCAGGGCUUCCAUGUGGAGAAGAGGGAGAAGAACAGCUUCAUGUGGCAAAAGGUUAACACUGUGUUAAUCAAAGAAACCAAUUUCAGAAUCUUGGAGCUUAUAGAAGGUCUGGAGUACUACUUCAGAGUCUACGCACAGAAUGAUGCUGGCUUCAGUCGGAUGAGUGAUGAGAGCAAGCCAAACAUGGCUGUCAGUCCUGUUGAUCCUCCUGGACAGCCCGACUACACGGAUGUGACAAGUGACUCGGUCACACUGAAAUGGGAUGCUCCCAAACGCGAUGGUGGUAGCAAGAUCACCAGCUAUAACCUUGAGAAACGGCAAGGACAUGGACGCUGGUUCAAGGCCAACUUGACUGACGUGCACGACUGCCUUUACACCGUCACCGGGUUGGCAAUGAACGAGCGCUACGAGUUCAGAGUGACCGCCCGCAAUGCAAUCGGGGUCGUCAGUCCUCCCUCCAACUCCUCUGGUUUGAUUGUGGUUAGAAGUGAGAACGCUUCUCCAAACAUUGAGUUUGGACCGGAGUACUUUGAGGGUCUGACAGUGAAAGCAGGAGACAACAUCCGGCUGAAGGUGACCAUCACCGGACGCCCCGUUCCCAAGGUUGUUUGGUUUAGAGAUGGUGUGGAGGUCACCAAGAAGAUGAUGGACAUCAUCAACGUAGCUGGAUCCAGCACCCUGUUUGUGAGGGACGCCGAUCGUACACACAGUGGCCACUACACUGUGGAGGCUACUAAUGGAUCAGGAAGCAGGAAGGAGGGCAUCCUUGUCCAAGUCCAAGACACACCUGGGGAGCCGGUGGGACCCAUAACUUUCAGCAACAUUUCAGAAGGUAAAUGCACUCUGACUUGGAACCCACCGGACAACGACGGCUGCUCAGAGAUCACGCAUUACAUCAUUGAGAAGCGUGAGACCGCCAAGAUUUCUUGGUCUCUGGUGUCCGACGAAUGUGCAGAGUGCACUUUCAAUGUAACUAAGCUCAUCAAGACCAAUGAGUACCAGUUCAGGACUUCGGCUGUUAACAAGUUUGGAGUUGGUAGACCUUUGGAGUCCAGCCCCAUCAUUGCACAGAUGCAAUACACUACUCCAGAUGCUCCCGGCACUCCUGACGCCACUGAGACAACAGGAGAGAGCAUCACACUGUUGUGGACUCCUCCAACAUGUGACGGAGGAAACCCCAUUCAGCAUUACAUCCUGGAGAAACGGGAAAAGAAGACUGUCAGAUUCUAUAAGGUGACAACCAAGAAGCCCGUCGUUGAAUGUGCUCACAAAGUGCUUCACCUAACGGAGGACAUGGAAUACGAGUUCCGUGUCAUGGCCGUAAAUGACGCUGGUGUCGGAGCUCCAAGCAGCAUCUCUAUGCCCAUCAAGGCUGCUGAGCCAAAGGACAUUCCUUGUGCUCCAUCUGUGGUCUGCGUGUCUGACUCCACCAACACUUCCAUCAGCCUGGAAUGGUCCAGGCCCGCAGAUGACGGAGGCAUGGUGGUCAUGGGCUACAUCGUUGAAAUGUUGAAGGGAGAAGAAACUGAAUGGAAGAGAGUAAACGAGGAGCUGGUGGCAGAAACAAAUUACACGGUGACUGGUCUACAGACGGGAGCCGAGUACAUGUUACGCAUUGCAGCUGUAAAUCAUGUGGGCAGAGGCGAUGCCACAGAGAUUCCAGAGCCCGCUCGGGCUGCGGACAGACUAACACCACCACAGGUGGAUCUGGACGCCACCUUCAAGCAGACACACAUUGUCAAGCCUGGAGGCUCGGUUUGCUUGGGCAUCCACUUCAGAGGAAAGCCAGUUCCCAAUGCCACAUGGGUAAAGGAAGAAGGCGAGCUGGGUGUCAAGUCAGAGGUCAACACUACAGAUGGCUACAGUUCAUUAAUGAUUGAAAACUGUUCAAGAAAUGAUACAGGCAAAUACACUGUUAACCUUGAGAACGCUGGUGGGAGCAAGGCCGUUACAUUCACAGUAAAAGUCCUGGACAGUCCUGGACCUCCACACGCUGUUGCCUUAAAGGAGGUGUCCAGAGGCUCGGUCACACUUAUCUGGGAGCCUCCUCUCAAUGAUGGUGGAGCACGAAUCCAUCACUAUAUUGUUGAGAGGCGUGAGGCCAGCCGUCGCACAUGGCUGCAGUCUGGUGGAAAAUGCAAGCAGCAGUUCCUGAAGAUACAGGACCUGCUGGAGGGAGUGCCAUACUUCUUCAGGGUCUCGGCCGAGAACCAGAAUGGCAUGGGUGAAGCGUUUGAGCUCACUGAGCCCGUCAUUGCCACUGCAGAGCCAGCAUCGCCAAAGAGAUUGGACAUCCUGGACACGACAGACAACUCUGUGUCACUGGGCUGGCUGAAACCUGAGCACGACGGUGGGAGCCGCAUCCAGUGCUACAUCAUCGAGGCCAAGGCAAAGGGUACAGACAAAUGGGUAGUGGUUGCAAACACCAGUAAUCUCACCUAUGUGGUUGAAAAGCUCAACAAAGGCAACGAGUACGACUUUCGUGUGAAGGCCAAAAAUGAAUCGGGUUCCAGCACACCCAGGGAAACUCUGGCUCCAGUGAUGGUCAAAGAGCCUCAUAUUGAGCCUGCUGCUGACCUCAGUGAGAUCCCCAACCAGCUUGUCACAUGUUGUUCUGGCAGAACCUUCAUUAUUGAUGUUCCCAUUAGUGGUAGACCUGCUCCUAAGGUCUCCUGGAAGCUGGAAGAGAUGAGGCUAAAGAACUCAGACAGAGUCUCCCUCCAAACAACAAAGGACAGAACCAGUAUCUCAGUUAAGGAGGCCAUGAGAGGAGAUGGUGGUAAAUAUUACCUGACUCUGGAGAACGUGGCAGGAACCAGGACCUUCACUAUUGAAGUUAAUGUCACUGGCAGACCCAGUCCUCCAACCGGACCCAUCGAAAUCUCAUCCAUUACAUCCGAGUCCUGCGUGAUUGACUGGCAACCACCAGAGGAUGACGGUGGCACUGAAAUCACCAACUACAUCGUGGAAAAGCGUGAGUCUGGCUCCACUGCCUGGCAGCUGAUCAACUCCAGCGUGAAGAGCACAUCUCUCAAUGUCAGUCACUUGACCAAGUACAUGCAGUACACAUUCAGGGUCUCUGCUGAGAAUAGAUUCGGUGUGAGCAAGCACACCGAGUCGGAGACUAUUGUUGCAGAGCAUCCUUUCACACCUCCUGGACCUCCUACAAGGCCUUCGGUCUUCAAUGCCACUUCCAACACAAUGACCCUAAAAUGGGAGGAGCCCUACCAUGAUGGCGGAAGCAAGGUGACAGGCUACUGGAUCGAGAAGAAGGAAAGGAAUAAUAUCCUGUGGGUGAGGGAGAACAAGAUCCCUUGUUUCGAGUGCUACUGCAACAUGGAAGGCCUUGUUGAAGGCCUAGAGUACCAGUUCAGGGUUUACGCCAUGAACAGUGCCGGGCUAAGCAAAGCCAGCGAGGCCUCCAAGGGAGCAAUUGCUCAAAACCCAGUUGAUUCACCAAGUAAGCCAGAAGUCACAAAUGUCACAAGAACCACUGUGUCCCUCAAAUGGUCGGCUCCACUGAACGACGGUGGUAGUCCGAUUGCAGGCUACAUCAUUGAGCGUAAGCCGUACACAUUGACCGGUGAAGGCCGCUGGCUCAAGUGCAACUACACAAAUGUGAUGGACACUUUCUACACGGUUACCGCCCUGGGAGAAGGAGAGCCCUAUGAGUUCAGAGUCAUCGCCAAGAAUGUCAACCAGGUAUUCAGCAUCCCCUCAGAGUCCACCGGCUCUGUGCAGUGCAAGACCGACUUUGAGCCUCCAAAGGCCCAGCUGGACAGCAAACUCCUGACUGAGACCGUCCAGGUCAGAGCCGGUUCAGACCUGGUUCUGGAUGCGGCAGUGGGAGGCAGACCGGACCCCAAGGCUUCCUGGUCGAAGGGCACCAGGGAUCUGGAGUUGUGUGAAAAGUACAACCUGCAGUACACAGCCACCAAGGCCAUGGCCAUCAUCAAGUUCUGUGACAGAGAUGACACCGGAAAGUACAUCCUCACCGUCCGUAACGUUAGCGGAACGAAGACUGCUGAGGUCAACGUCAAAGUGCUUGACACCCCCGGCGUUUGUGAAGGUUGCAUUGAGAUCAGCAAGAUCACAGAGGAGUCGUGUGUACUGAGCUGGAAGCCUCCUCUCGAGGACGGCGGCGACGAGAUCUCCCACUUCAUUGUUGAGAGGAGAGACACCAACAGACUCAACUGGGUCAUCAUGCACGCUGAGUGCAAAGAGCCGACAUGCAACAUCACGGGCCUGUUCAAGAACACAGAGUACCUGUUCAGGGUCCGGGGAGUAAACAAAUACGGAGCCGGAGUCCACUUGCAGUCGGAGCCUAUGGUCGCCAGAAACACUUUCACUGUGCCAACCCCUCCUGGUUCUCCAGAGAUCCUGGUGUCAGGAGAAGACUUUGCCACCAUUGAGUGGCUGAAGCCAGAGAGUGAUGGCGGCAGCCCACUCGUCCACUACCUUGUGGAGAGGCGCGAGAGAAAGAGUGCCCGCUGGGUAAAGGUGAACAGGGAUGGGGCUUUCCUAGACACCACGCUGAAGGUGUCGGGUUUGACCGAAGGCAACAUCUACCAGUUCAGAGUGACGGCCAUCAACAAGGCCGGAGAGAGCGAACCCAGCGAGGUCUCUCUGUACGUUGUUUGCAGAGAGCCAACAUGCACCCCUGCUCCUCCUUCCAUCCCUCGUAUCACCGACACUCACGCCGACAGCAUCAGCCUAGCCUGGUCCCGCCCCGUGGACGACGGAGGAGCUGAUGUGAUGGGCUACAUCCUGGAGAUGCAGGAGGCCGGAGCUGAGGAGUGGAAGAAGGCCCACGAAAAGACGCUACGUGCUGCAGAGCACGUAGUGACUGGACUUUCAGAGGGCAAGAAGUACUGCUUCAGAGUGGCCGGCUUCAACAUCAACGGCACAGGAGACUUCAGUGAACCAUGCGCUGAAACUGAGCCAGUAGAGAGAAUCGAAAUUCCUGACUUCGAGCUCCAUGAUGACCUGAAGAAGACCAUCUGCCUACGCGCUGGUGGAUCCCUCCGCCUGUUCGUGAAUGUUAGCGGUCGUCCCGUUCCCGCCAUCACUUGGAGCAAACCAGGUGCUGACCUCCACAACAGAGGCUUCAUCGACAUCACAACCGGAUCUACCACACUCAUCAUCGAUAGGGUCCACCGCUACGACGCCGGCAAGUACACAUUGGUGGCGGAGAAUUCUGCCGGGAAACAGGAAGUCAACAUUCUGGUGAAGGUCUAUGAUACUCCUGGACCAACUGGAACAAUUAAGAUUAAGGAGCUUACCAAAGAGUCUGCAACCAUUUCUUGGGAAGCCCCAACUGUUGAUGGCGGUGCUCCUGUUAACAACUACAUCAUUGAAAGGCGUGAGGCCUCCAUGAGGGCCUACAAGACAGUCACCUCCAAGUGCAGUAAGACCUCUUACAAGAUCGACGGCCUCAUGGAGGGCAUGCUGUACUACUUCCGGGUCCUCCCAGAGAACAUCUAUGGCAUCGGUGAGCCGUGCGAGACUCCCGACGUCAUCCUGGUGUGUGAGGUGCCUCUGCCGCCACGCAAACUGGAGAUGAUGGACGUCACCAAGAGCACCGUAACCCUGGGCUGGGAAAAGCCCGAGCACGAUGGCGGCAGCAGACUGACGGGCUAUGCCAUCGAGGCCAGCAAGUUUGGCACCGACAAGUGGAUGAAGGUGGCCACACUGAAGACCACUGACUUUGAACACACCAUCGAGAAGCUGAACGAGGGCGAGCAGUACUUGUUUAAAAUCAAAGCAAUCAACAGUAGAGGAGCCAGCGAGCCCAAAGAGCUGGUUACUGCCAUCACUGUACAAGAACAGAGAGUAAUGCCCAUGGUGGACUUCUCCAGUAUUCCUCAAAAGGUUGUCAAGGUUGUGGCCGGCAAGACUCUGGAGUUGGACUUGCCUCUCGUUGGCAGGCCUCCUCCAGUCUGCUCCUGGUACUUCAGAGAUAACAAGAUGAAAAACACAGAUCGCGUCAAGAUCAAGAGCACCGGCAAGUUCUCCAAGCUAACCGUGUCUGAAACCACCAUCGACGACUCUGGUGACUACUCGCUGGAGGUGAAGAAUGUUGUGGGUGUCAUUACCGAGGUCAUCAAGAUCAUCAUCCUCUCUAAACCUGAUGAACCAACCGGACCGUUCAGGAUUGAUGAAAUCGACGCAACCACCGUCAGCUGCAGCUGGGAUCCUCCAGCCAGAGAUGGCGGAGCUCCCAUCAGUGGCUACACAGUAGAGCAGCGUGAUGCUCACAGACCCGGCUGGGUGCCUGUCUGCGAUUCUGUCAGCCGACCCACCUUCAAGUUUGAGAAACUGAUUGAGGGAGAUGAGUACGUCUUCCGUGCAGCUGCCAUGAAUCGCUAUGGCACUGGAGAAUUCCUUCAAUCUGAGAUCAUCACCUGCAAGAGCUUGAAGAAUGUUCCCGGACCUCCCGGCCGUCCAACCAUCUUCGAUGUUUCUCGUGACGGCAUGACCGUGGCCUGGAACCCGCCAGAAGAAGGCGGUGGUCUUGAGGUUUCUGGAUACAUUAUUGAGCGCAAAGAAGUCCGGUCAGACAGAUGGGUGCGUGCCAACAAGAAUCCCAUCACUAUGACCAGAUACAGGUCAACAGAGCUCAUCGAGGGCCUGGAGUAUGAACACAGAAUCAUUGCCAUCAAUGUUAGAGGACACAGCAAACCAAGUCUGGUCUCCAAACCAGCAGUGGCAACAGAUCCCAUCGAUCCACCUGGCUGUCCUCAGAACCCGAGGAUCACAGAUACCACCAAGUCUUCUGUGUCACUGGCAUGGAGUCCUCCAGAUGAUGAGGGAGAUGCCCGGCUGGAUGGUUACCUGAUUGAGAUGCAGAAGGUGGGAACCAUACCUUGGAUCAAGUGCAACACCACGCCAUCUUUAAUCUGCGAGUACACAUUGACCAAAAUGCCACAAGGAGAGGAGUUCAAAUUCCGUGUGAUGGCUUGUAAUGCCGGCGGCUCCGGAGAACCUGCUGAAGUUCCUGGAACUGUGUCUGUGACUGAGAUGCUUGAAUCUCCUGACUACGACCUAGAGCUGAAAUACAAAGAUGUGUACGUUGUACGCCACGGAGGUGUGGUUAGACUCUCCGUGCCCAUCAAGGGUAAACCUCAUCCAUCCUGCAAAUGGUCCAAGGAUAGCAGUGCAGUCUCCACCAAGGCCAUGAUUGCCUCAACGGAGGACGCGAGUGAGUUAGUGAUUAAGGGAGCCGAAAGGAGUGAUUCUGGAGUGUACGAGCUCCUGUUGGAGAAUAGGGUUGGCAAGAAAAAGGCCCAAAUCAAGGUGAAGGUCAUUGGCCGCCCAUGUGCUCCGGAGGGACCAAUGGUCUUUGAGGAAAUUCAGGCCAACUCUGUCAAGGUCACCUGGAAGAUGCCCGCAGACAACGGUGGCUCAGAGAUUCUGGGUUACAUCGUAGAAAGACGCGAGGCGGCCAGAAAUGCCUGGUACACUGUGGACUCUAGAGUGACCGACACUCAGCUGGUCGUCAAGGGCCUGAAGGAGGGUACGGAGUACCACUUCAAGGUCACAGCCGAAAAUUCCUUUGGUAUCAGCGCCUCUCUGAAGUCAGAGCAGCCACUGGUACCCAAGACUCCUCUCUCUCCCCCUGAGCCUAUAAGCACCCAACCAGAGAUCAUGGACGUCACCAAGAGUUCAGUGGCGUUGGCCUGGUCCAGACCAAAGGAAGACGGUGGUUCUGCCAUCACUGGCUACUUUGUUGAGUACAAGGUUGUGUCCGCUGAAACAUGGUCCCGACACCAGACCAAGAUCACUUCCAGCAUGUUUACCCUGCCCGGACUUACCCCCGAUGCAGAAUACCAGUUCCGCAUUGUUGCUGUCAACAACAUCGGUGAGAGCGAGGCUGGUCUUGUGUCUGACCCGGUCACAUGCAAGGAUCCAUUUGACAAACCAAGUCAACCAGGCGAAAUUGACACAGUGAACGUGACAAAGAACUUCAUCACCAUCCGCUGGCAAGCUCCAGAGUGCGAUGGUGGAAAGGAGGUCAUGGGCUACUGGGUGGAGUACAGGAAGUCCAUUGAGAGUAACUGGAAGAAGUCCAACAAGCAGAGGCUGAAAGAAAAAGAGUUUACCGUGCCUGGACUGGCUGAAGCAACAGAGUACGAAUUCAGAGUGUUUGCUGAGAAUGAGACCGGAAUGAGUAGACCUCGUAGGACUGCCACGUGCAUCAAGACCAAACUGAGUGUUGAAACUAAACCAGGCCUGAGAAAGGAAAUGGAUGAAGUGACUGCCAAGCUUGGCCAACCUGCCGUCAUGAAGUGCCAGAUUAUUGGCAGACCUCUCCCCGAUAUCAAGUGGUACCAUGCCGGCAAGGAGAUUGUUGAGUCCCGCAAGUAUGAGAUGAGCUCCGACGGCCGCAACCACUCGCUUUCCAUUAUGACGGACCAGCAGGAAGAUGAGGGUGAGUACACCUGCAAGGCCAUCAACGACGCCGGAGAAGCCGAGACCACGGGCCCUCUGGUGCUGGAGGCUGCUGCAUCCUUUCACCCUGAUUACCCGCUAAAGGAAACCUACUUCGCCGGCCUGGGGUCCACUUUGCGUAUCCAUGCCGUCUACAUUGGCCGUCCAGAGCCAAAGAUCAUGUGGCUGCAUGGAGCAAAGACCCUGGAGAACACAGAGGACCUCAGCAUCGAGACCACUGAAUAUUACACACACCUGGUGAUCAAGAAUGUGCAGCGCAGAAUUCACGGCGGGAAAUACAGGAUCAGACUGCACAACCACUUUGGCAGAGCUGACGCCGCAUUCAAUGUCGAGAUUUACGACAAACCUGAGAUGCCUCAGGGUCCCAUUGUGCUGGAUGCUCUCUGAAGAACUCCGUCAUAAUCAGCUGGAAGGGCCCCGCAGGACGACGGUGGCUGCAUGAUCACCAACUACAUUGUGGAGAAACGGGAGGACAAGGACUGCACUGAGUGGGAACUAGUGUCGUCAUCCAUUAACGGCAUAUCUUGCCGCGUACCCAACCUCGUUGACAGCGCAGGGUACUUCUUCCGUGUGUACGCCCAGAAUCGCUAUGGCAACAGUGAACCACUGGAACUUGCGUCCCCAAUCCUUAUCAAGAGCCAGCCUGAGAAACCAUCACCACCUCUGUCACCAGUUGUUUCUGGAAUCACCAAAGACUCCUGUGUGGUUUCCUGGAAGCCUCCACUUAGCGAUGGCGGGUCCAAGAUCAAGAGCUACUGCCUUGAGAAGAAGCACAAGAUGGACAAGAAGGAAUGGAGCAGUUGGACUCCGGUAACCACUGAUGAGAUCAAACAGACGGUGAUCUCCGUCAAGCAUCUGACCGAAGGUGCCGAGUGCAUCUUCCGUGUAAAGUGUGAGAACCUUGGUGGACAGAGCAACUACAGUGAGGAGACUGCUCCUAUUGUUCCAGCCACAGCUUUAGAGAUUCGUGCUCCUGCUUUUAAAGAGGAGCUGAGGAACAUGAGCGUCAAGUACAAGAGCAACGCUACCCUCGUCUGCAAGAUCAUAGGGCAGCCGAAGCCUGUGAUUAAAUGGUUUAGACGAGGAAAGGAGAUUCCCUCUGAUGGCAAGAAGAUUAAGAUACAAGAGUUCAAGGGAGGCUACCACCAGUUGGUCAUCACUGAGGCUGAUGAGGAAGACUCCACUGUGUACCAGAUCAGAGCCACCAAUCAGGGAGGUUCCAUUUGUGCUACAGUCUCUCUGGAUGUGGAAGUCCCUGCCAAGAUUCACCUCCCGAAGAACCUGAAGGACAAAGAAGCCAUCCCUGCCCUGCGUGGAGAGCUGAUCAACAUCAAGAUUCCUUUCAGUGGCAAACCAGAUCCUGUCAUCACAUGGCAGAAGGGACAAGAUCUUAUUGACAGCAAUGGCCACUACCAGGUCAUUGUCACCAGAUCGUUUACCUCUUUGGUGUUUACCAAUGGAGUCGAGAAGAAGGAUGCCGGUUUCUACAUUGUCUGCGCCAAGAACAGAUUCGGCAUUGACCAGCAAACGGUCGAGCUGGACGUAGCCGACGUUCCCGAUCCUCCGCGUGGAGUCCAAGCCAGUGACGUCUCCAGAGACUCGGUCACGCUGAACUGGGUGGCCCCGGCCAACGACGGAGGCAGCAGGGUCAUUAGCUACAUCAUUGAGAAGUGCCCCACCACUGCCGAGCGGUGGGAGCGUGUUGCCCAGUCCCGUGACACCCACUAUACAGUGAUCAAUCUCUUUGGAGGUACCAGCUAUCAGUUCAGAAUUAUCGCCGAGAAUAAAUUUGGACAAAGUGCUCCAUCUGAGUCCAGUGGACCAGUGAUGACCAAAGAGGACAAAUCAAGAGUUCUGCUCUAUGAUAGGGAGGUUGACGACAGUGGCCACGUCCCCAGGGGCAAGGUUCACUCUGAGGCCAAGAACAUGCACAACAAAUAUGCCAUUGCAGAGGAAUUGGGCAGAGGUCAGUUUGCCAUUGUCCACCGCUGUGUUAACAUUAGCUCUGAGAAGACCUACAUGGCUAAAUUCUUCAAGGUGAGAGGCGCCGAUCAAGCAAUUGUCAAGAAGGUCGCCACAUUGAAUCUUGCCGAACAUACCAACUACCUUCUCCUCCACGAGUCUUUCGAAAGCCCUGAGGAGCUGGUGAUGAUCUAUGACUUUAUCUCUGGCGUUGACAUUUUCGAGCGCCUCAACACAGCUGAUUUUGAGCUUAAUGAGCGGGAGAUUACUAAUUACAUCAGGCAGAUCUGCUCAGCGCUUGAGUUUCUGCAUGCUGAGAGCUUUGGUCACUUUGAUAUCAGACCAGAAAACAUUGUGUACACAACUAGAACCAGCUGUAAUGUAAAGAUUAUUGAGUUGGGCCAGUCCAGACACCUGACUCCUGGAGACCAAAUAAAGAUCCAGUAUACCACUGCAGAGUAUGCUGCCCCUGAGAUCCACCAGUCUGACAUGGUUAGCACCGUUACUGACAUGUGGUCGGUUGGUGUCCUCGCCUAUGUGCUCCUCAGUGGACUGAAUCCAUUCACAGCUGAGACCAACCAACAGAUGAUUGACAACAUCUCAAACGCUGCUUAUAGCUACGACGAUGAGUCCUUCAAGCAGGUCAGUGUUGAUGCAUUAGACUUUACCGAUCGCUUGAUGACAAAGGAACGAAAGCAUCGUAUGUCUGCUGCUGAGGCUCUGGCACAUGCGUGGUUAACCAAACCCGCAGAGGAGAUCAGCACCAGGGCCAUCCAGACCGUAAGACACAAGAGGUACUACCAGACAAUGGUGAGGAAAGAGUGGAAAACUGUUGUCUCUGCAGCUCGCUUGGCCAGCGGAGGCUCCAUCAGGUCCCAGCGUGGCGUCUUCGUCUCCAAGGUGAAGAUCGCGCCGUUUGAACACGGUCCUGUUGGAGGCCAGGUCGGUCAUGUAGUGGGGAAUGAGGGAGACAUUGUGAAAUUCAUCUGCAACAUUGAAAACUACGAUAGCACGACUGAAGUGACCUGGUACUGUGGCGUCAGGCAGCUUGAGGCUGGUGACAAGUAUGAAACCGAGUAUGAGGAUGGCCUGGCUGUGAUCACCAUCAACAAGGUCACAAGAGCAGAUGACGGCACGUACAGAUGUAAGGUCGUAAAUGAGUAUGGUGAGGAUAGUGCUUAUGCAGAGCUGUUCGUCAACGGCGUUAGAUCUUACCGUGAUUUCUUCACCACCCGAGUCGUCAAAAAGACAAAGCGCAGAGUCGACACUGCCAGAAUGCUUCAGAAGCCACCGGAGUUCACCCUUCCUCUGGUCAAUCGCACAUCCUACAUUGGUGAGGAUGUGCGCUUUAGCGUAACCAUCACCGUUCACCCUGAACCGCGUGUCGUCUGGCACAAAUCCGGACAGAAGCUCAUCCCUGGAGAAGAUGACAAAAAAUACACUUUCAUCAGCGACAAGGGUCUGUACCAAAUGAUUAUCCACAAACUUGAGAAUGAGGAUGAUGCAGAGUACAGCGUUGUGGCCCGUAACAGGUUUGGGGACGACAGCUGCAAGGCCCGCCUUACCGUUGUUCCUCGACCUAAACCGGCAGACCUCACCCUGAGGCCCAUGUUCAAACGUCUGCUCGCAAAUGUCGAGUGCAGAGAGGGCCAGAAUGUACGCUUUGAGAUUAGAGUAUCGGGCCAUCCUGUCCUGAAGUGGGAGAAGGAUGGCAUGCCUUUAGCCUUCGGACCAUCUAUUGAGGUUGUGCACGAGGGUCUGGAUUACUUUAUCCUUCAUGUGAGAGAUACUCUCUCCGAGGACUCUGGUGUGUACAGAGUGACUGCGACCAAUUCGGCUGGAUCUGCUAGUUGCCAGGCAACACUCAAAGUAGAACGGGUCACCCAUGUGAAGAAGGAAUAUGAGCCCAGUGAAAAGGAGAAGAAGUUAAUGGCUGGGAAGAUGGAGUUAGAUAAGAAGGUUCGUCUGUCACAGAUUUUGGCCGACACCGUUUUCAUACCUUUACCACCGGCAGCAGUGCAAGCUGUCAGGGAGGCAGCCACCAUGUUCAAACCCGCUGUGACGACUAAGAAGGGCGAGAAGACCGAGGCUGAGAUACAGAAAGAAAAACAGGAGAAGAAGAAACGGGCUGAUGAGAAGAGGCUGCGUAUGCCCUAUGACGUGCCGCCUCCUCGGGUCAUGAACCCAGCGGCUCUUGAGGAGGAUAUAGAAAUAAAACACUUCCAGCCACUCUCUGACAUGAAAUGGUACAAGACACUGCGGGAUCAGUACGAGUUCCCUGAGCCUAUGGAUAAAAUCAAGCAGAAGAGAAUGAAGCGUAUCCGCCUCUCCAGGUGGGAGCAGUUCUACGAGGUGCCCAUCCGGAUUAAGGACCACUAUAAGCCUAAAUGGCGCAUCUCGCUCUUGACUCAGGAUGACUUGGAGACUGUGAGGCCUGCAAGGCAUCGCACCCCUUCCCCUGAGAUGGAGGCCUACCACAGGAUCAGGAGGAGGUCCCUGGGCGACCUGUCGGACGAGGAGCUACUGCUUCCUGUGAAUGAAUACCUGUCCAUGAAGAGAACUGAGGAGGAGAGGCUGCGUCUGGAGGAAGAGCUGGAGCUUGGUUUCUCGGCUUCUCCACCGAGGCACAGUCCUGUUCGCUUUGAACUGUCCGCCCUGCGUCCUUCCUCUCCGAGAAAGGUCUACAGUGAUGACCCAGAGGAAGACAAAAUCUACAGAUAUGACUCCUACCGGAUUCCGUCUAAAUACGAUGCUGGCACAAGUUUUGUUGACCUCCGCCAGCGUCACGACAAAGCCACAUACAAAGCUCCAAGACAGAAUCAGAAGGUGUAUGAUGAGAGGGAGGAACAGGAGCUGCUGCGCCCACACACAACCGCUCAGAGAAUGUCCGCUUACAAGAGUGAAAUCAAGCGCAUGGAGUUUGAGGAGAAGACUCGGACAUUAAAAAAAGAAUCAACCAACACUUUAGCAAAAUUCUCUGAGGCCAUUGAAUCUGAGCACCUGACAUCUUUCACCCGCGAAUAUGUUCCUAAACCAAUCAAGAAGCUCCAAAUACCUGAACCUGUCAGAAGAACUACGACCCCAGAUCAGGCUGCCAAGACUGAAGUGACCGUUCCUGAGGUGGACUUUGCCUCCAGGUAUGAGGAGAGAAAGCAGGCUCUAAGAUUAGAGAGAAGAUCGGUGGAGAGGACCAUUAAGGUGGGGACACAGCCUCCAUUCAGCCUUGACCACACCCCACGUAUUACAAUCAGGCUGCGAUCUCAUCGAGUACCUCACGGCUCCGUCACAAAAUUCACCCUGAAUAUCCAGGCCAAACCAGAGCCUCAGGUCAAGUGGUUCCACAAUGACAAAGAGAUCCAUCAGACCAGCAAAUACCACAUGACUAACAUCAAUGGGGUUCUGACUCUCAAGAUCAGCAACUGUGAGACUGAAGACUCCGGCACUUACCGCGUGGUUUGCAAGAAUGCCAAAGGGGAAACUUCUGACUAUGCCACAUUGGAUGUAGCAGGAGCAGAAUAUGCUGCCUUCUCUUCAUUCCGCAAAGACGAGGAGCCUCCAUCCUCCCACUUGCCAGAAAUGACCAGAACAGAGGUUUAUCACGUCUCCUCCUCUCAGACAAUGGUUAAGGAAAGUUCUACUGAAACUUUGAAAAAGUCCACCACCGUUGUUGAAAAGUCUAGUGUUCCUGCCAAGAUCCUGAGCAAGCCCCAAUCCCUGACUGUGGAGGAGGGAAGUCUCGCCAGGUUUGAGUGCGAUGUGGAUGGCGAGCCAGCACCUUCUAUCACCUGGCUGCACGAAGGAGAAGUUAUUGGUUCCUCUGUCCGACAUCACAUUGUCUCCACUCAGUACAACUCUUCUUUCGAGAUCUCAGCUGUUGAGGCGUCAGAUGAAGGCAGCUACACUCUGCUGGUGGAAAAUGCCGGAGGCAAACAAGAGACCCAAUUCUCUCUGGCCAUUCGCAAGUCUGAGUCCAUGGAGAAGGUGGUCGCCCCUCCCAGGAUCACCUCCCCAGAGGCAAAGUCGCCUCUUACAAAGUCCCCUGAACCGGUGAAAUCUCCUCUAAGGGUCAAGUCUCCCGAACCAAUUAAGUCACCUCAGAGAAUCAAGUCACCGGUCUCACCAAAGUCCCCAACUCCCAAAUCCCCAACUCCAACCGAGAAGGAAUGGUGCACUUCUCCAAUCAAGUCACCAAAGAGCGUGAUGUCACCAACUCUCGAGACGAAGCUGUCCUUCUCCGUCGGGCUAAGCGACGUCACUGCCGCCUCCAACUCCAUCGUCAAGCUCUCUGUGAAGGUGACAGGAGAUUCCAAACCCACCAUCUCAUGGAUGAAGGAUGGAGAGGCUUUGUCUCAGGGAGGAAAGUAUGACAUUUUUGAGAAGCAUGGCUCAGCUUAUCUGGAGAUCUAUGAAAUGGAGGUCUCUGAUAGCGGGCUGUACAAGUGCACCGCCAGCAAUGGUGCUAGAGUAGUGUCGACCAGCUGCACAGUCACUGUACAAGGCUCAAAAAGCUGCAACACCAAAGCGGAAGUCUCAGAGGAAGUCAUGAAACAGGAAAUAGUCCACGAUGAGGUCCUGUCCGCUGUGGAGGAGGCGAAGGUCCAUUGUCCAUUUGAUAGGACGGUCGUGUCCGAGCAGUCGGACGCGCCACAGAUCCUGGUUCGGCCCAGAUCCCAGAACGUCAACGAGGGCCAACGAGUCAAAUUCACGUGUGAACUUGUAGGAGAUCCUUCCCCCAAGGUGGAGUGGUUAAAAGACAACAUGACGAUAUCUGUGUCGUCCAACGUGAGACUGAGCACGUCCCUGGCUGUGCACACUCUGGAGAUCUGUGAAGCCACGGUGGCAGACAGUGGGAAAUACACCAUAAAAGCCACCAAUCAGUUCGGGCAGUGCUCCGCGACGUCCUCUCUCAGCGUAACCACUCUUGUUGAAGAACCAACACAAAUGCUAAUUGUGGAACAAAGAGUUUCUGCUGCAAGUAUGCAGGAAAGUAUAUCGAACUCUUCCGUUCUGACGGGGGCGGCCGAGUAUUCGUAUCAAAGCAUGUCUGCGUCUAGCAUGUCGGCCAUGACGGCUGAGUCAGUGGUGUCCAUGAGCUCCAGCAGCCACGUCAUGGAAAUGUCUGCUCACUCGCAUGCCGAUGUCUCCUCCUCCUCCUCCUCCUCACUGAGGCUCAAACGAGGCGCCCCCCCGAAGAUUGAGAACCUCCCGCGGGACGUCAGCACCGAGCCGGGCCAGCCCCUGAGCGUGGCUGGGGUUUUCUCUGGAGAUCCCGCACCUUCGGUCCAGUGGGUCCGCUCGGGGCAGCCCCUCCCUGACAGGGACGGCCGGUGCCGUGUCGAGACCGGCACCGACCUCUCCACCCUGGUGAUCUCUGCGGUGAAGGAGGCCGACGGCGGCGCCUACACCCUUCGGCUCUCCAACGAGCUCGGCUCUGCCUCCGCCACUGUCAAUGUGCACGUCCGCUCCAUGUGAAGAAAAAAAAAGAAUUUAUUAUUCCCCCCCAGUUUUUCUCCCUCAACCAGAACCUUUUAUUUAGUGAAUUAGCAACGAUAACCUACAUAGUAAAGCUCUGGAUUCCUGUUCUUGUAAAUAUGAACUAUUUUUGCACCAAACUUGACAUUAAUUUAUGCCAAACUAGACUCAAGUCUAAUGUUGUUAUAAAAUGUGUUAUAUUGGACAAUUAAGGCUUUUAAAAGAUUUUUAAACAACUUUUCUGACAUGUACAUAAUGUAUAUAGCCGAAUUGAACGGUUAUGGGAAAUGUAUGCAUUGUUAUUUAUGACAAUAAUAUAUGAACUGAAACUAAGUGAAACUAAGUGUAGUUUGACGGGAGAAAGUUCCUCAAGGAAUGAAUACCCCGUCAGACGGAGAAACUAAACUGCGCCUCAACCACACGUUGAAGUCUGAAGCUGCCUCGGCGGGUCGAGAGGCUCCCCGACGACGUUACACCACGACAAAGGUCCCCACGCGCUCCCCCGCGAGCGGCACACAUAUUUAUUAAACUUUCCUACGAGUCGCACCGCUAGUGUUAAGGCCCCAGGCGCCGUUUGCGUACCCUCACGUUUAGCGGCGUCUAGAGCUCCAACCGACUGACGCCAGGACGGCGGCGGGGCGCGAGCGGCACAAGUCGCUUCGCCGCCGUCCAGCAGCGGGUUUAUUUUAGUUUAAGGAGCACCGCUUCCUCCUGGCCAUAAUGAGUAAGAAGUGAAGAGGAAGCGGCGCUGCCUCUUGGAGGAUGUCUAGCUAGCUAAUCUUGAGUUUGUGUGUUCAGAGUGUUGUGUGUGUAGCUUUUAGUGGUUUCAGGGUAGUCUUUGUUCUCCACAGCGACACCAUCUCCUGAGAGAAGACGAGAGGCCCUGCACUUUGAUUUAUCUGAAUAUCUGUACCUCAUCCUCCUUGAGUUUAAUGUAUUUCUGAUUUAAUAAAGCAUGAUUUCAGCACCAUU